AUGGCGGCUCAGAGCCUCCUGGCCCACUUUGCUCGCUGCCUCCCCGGCUCCGGCACGGCGCAGCUCCUCCGUCGAGUCCCGGCCAAGGUAAGCAAGCGCGCGGCGAUGGUUGCAGAGGACCCUUCUGCGGCGGCUUGGUGCGCGCUUACUCGCAAGGAAGCCCUGCAGCCUGGAUCUUUGCAGCCUCCGCAACUUGGACCGGCUCGCCGGCGCAGCUUGAGCCUUAGCAGGAGAUCAGGUUUCGCUCCAUGUGAUGCAAAAAUCCUCCCCUACGAAGGCGCAAGAGCAGGCCAGGCUGCUUCUCUCCGCCACCUGCCCCACUUUUCUUUUCUUUUUUCUCCUGGCCAUUGGGCAACCUUUCGCCCCUUCACCCCCCCCAACAGCAACGCGUCCCACUGACAUUUCCAUGCCCUCUUGCUCUCUAAUCCGCUCGCCGGCCUCCUGGCUACCUUCCCUUUGGCCCCUGGCCGGCUCUGAACCGUGGAUGAACCGCCUGCUCGCCUUUCCCUUCAAGGCUCGUUGCGCGCAAAGGUUUCCUUGCAAAGGCGGAAAGAUUCCCCCGCGACGCGCGGCAGAAGGAGCGGCGCGCCUCUCUCCUUGCGCCACUGGGCUAACCAGGCCGGAGGGGAUCCCUACCUGCUGAGCGCGCGUCCUUCAGCGGAACAGAGGCGCCUGUUUGUUUAGCUGACCUUGAGGAAGAAGGAAGGGAGCGAGCUUUGCUUGCAGGCCCGCUCUCUGUCCCUUUCUGUCCCCAUCCCCAGGGGCCUGGCUGGCUAAGUGACUUAGGAUAGGAGCAGGCUGGCUGGCGGUAAGACAGGCCUAGCCAGAGGUCUUCUUGCACCUUACAUUAAGGCGUUCCCUUACGCCUCUUGGAAGAUGUGGAAACACAGAAACAGGUACAUUCCAAAUAGAACUGGUAUAGUCAGGUGGGGCCAGGGGCGCAGCCAGGAUUUAUGUUGGGGGGCGGAGUGGGGGGCGGCAGGACACCCACCUGUCAUCAGCCUUUGUCUAACUGCCUAGCCGAUUGGGAAUAAAAUGUUUUAAAAUACUUUCUUUUGACCCCAAGUGCUCAGGGGGGAAAAACACCUGUCAAAAUCUUUCUACAAUUUCUGCUUUUAGUUAAGUAUUUUUGUUUAUUUAUUUUAUUUCCCUGGCUAUGCCCAUGAGUGCGGUUGCACAGUGUGAUUGUUUCUCCCCUCCCUUCUACGCCCUUCAAGGAAAGUCCCCCUAAAUAAACUGGGAAAAAACUGAAUUAAAAAAGUUUUAAGGAGCCAAAUAGCAUUCAGAAAGCAGUGAAAUUCUAAAGUUGUUGUUGUUGUUUUUUGAAUGGUUGCUCCCCGGGGCUGAUGGGAAUUGAAGUCCUAAACAUUUGUUUAUUUGUUGCAUUUAUAUACUGCCUUUUCUGCAAGGAGCUCAAGGUGGUGUAUAUGGUACUCUCUCCUCAUUUAACCCCCCAAAGGGAAUCUGGAGAGGGGGCCUGGUUGGCAAAGGCUGGUCUAGGCUGACUGGCCAUGUUUCUGGUCUGGAGUGUGCCAGCCCUACCAAGAGACUAAAUCUGGUACUUUUUGCAUGCAAAACAUGCAAAUAAGAACAUAAAUGAAUAAGAACAUAAGACAAGCCUGCCCAUUCAGUCCAGCAUCCUCUUCUCACUGACCGGAUGCCAGUGGGACAUGAGCGGAACAAGUGGUAUUCAGAGGCCCGAUUCCUCUCGCAGCAGAGGCAGAACAAAAGAUAGCCUUGACUUGUCUAACCAGUGCCAGAAUUAGUGGGAUGCAGGUAGUUCCCCUGCCCAGGGUGCCAAGCUGAGGGGGCGCAAAACAACAACAACAACCCUAUAUUUAUACGGGUACCUACUGGGAAGAUCCAUAAGAAAGCAACUGUACUAAAGACAUUACAGUGGUACCUCGGGCUACAUACACUUCAGGUUACAGACUCCGCUAACCCAGAAAUAUUACCUCGGGUUAAGAACUUUGCUUCAGGAUGAGAACAGAAAUCGUGUGGCGGUAGCAGGAGGCCCCAUUAGCUAAAGUGGUGCUUCAGGUUAAGAACAGUUUCAGGUUAAGAACAGACCUCCAGAAUGAAUUAAGUUCUUAACCCAAGGUACCAUUGUAUUGUGCAACUAAGCAAUGCUUUUUUGGGGUGGCGGCGGCAAAUUUUGUCCUUGCUCAGGGCACCAUAUUUAUUACCAAAGUCCGCCCCUGGUCUAAUCCUCUUCUAAAGCCAUCCAAGUUGGUGGCUGCCAUUGCCUCUUAUGGGAGCAAGUUCCAUGGCUCUGCUUCUAGUCUCCUGCUUUGGGAAGGAAGACAGGGUGUGUCACUGGGGAGGGAAGCAAUAGCAUAGGCUUAGCUCUGUUGUGCCAUAGACUCAGGCCCUUUGGGCUCUUCUGCUCUUGUCUAGAAGUGCCACAACUUUGAGCUGUCUGCGCUGGAGGUUGGGCAUUCUUGUUCUGCAAGUGAGCAUGUAAUCCUGUGCUGGUACCUAGCAAUCUCUUGUUUAUUGGGACGCUGCUUCAGGUGCUGUGCCCUGUUCUAGAUUUCCUGACAAGGCAAUGGAAACCUUGUAUGCCAGAUUUAAUGUCACACCAAUAGAUGCCACAGAAUUCCUCUCCCUCCCUCCUCAUUCUGCUCUUGGAGGAUUCCCCAGAGGAAGGUUAAGUAGAAGUCCUUCAUUGGAUGCCACAAUUCAGUGUCACCCAGUGUUUUUAACAUGCUAGACACAACUUUUCUCAAUGUGCAUAAUAAUAUUGGCUCACAAAGUUUCCAUAUGCAGAAAUUUGAACUGCUGCACUGCAGUAUAAAUUGGAGGCUGGCUGUAGCUCUGUGUCAAAGGAGAAAUGACUUUGACCUAGUCGGCACACUUUGACUGGCUGAGAGAUGUGUCCUUGUUGGAGAAAGGGGAUGAACUGGUUGCUUGGGGUUUCUGUUGUGCCAGUGUUGAUGAAACAUAGCAUGUGACUUUCCAUGCCGGGGAGAAUUGUUGGCUGGUUCUUCUUAAAGUAUCUUGUGCAGAAGGCUGCCAGAAGCUUCUGGUCAAGAAAUCCUGAGUGCUCCAUUGCUCAUUAUUUCUGGGCUUUAAUAGUAAGAAAAAUGAGUUCCUCCCCCCUCCUGUUUCCUGUUGUAUAUCUGCUUAAUAAUCUGAUUACAAAUAUGACAUAAUUUUACAUAUUUGGUCAGGCCAGGAGACAUCUCAGAUUUUUGUGAAUAGGUAAAGAGUAGUGCAGAUGUCAUAGGAUUACAUGGAGGAUGUGUUGUUGUUGUUAACCAAAUUUACUCCUAGGUAUGUGUACGCUACAAAACAGGAUUGAAGCCUCUGGGCCAACCAUUUCUUGCAGGGAAGUAAAACGUACAAGCUGGAUUGAAGUCCUGCCAAACAGUUGAUAUCACAUGCCCAUUGGGUGAUGUCACUUGAUUGACAAGUGACCAUGGUUUUAGAAAAAUGGCCUCAGAACCCAAAAUGGAAUCCCUGAUGGGCCAAACUGGUCCAUGGAUUGGAAGUUCCCCACCUUGCUGUAUCAGAAUGCAGCCUAAGACUACAUUUCUAAGAUCAUUUAUUAGGGAGUAAUGUAUGUUUCAAGGGACGCGGGUGGCGCUGUGGGUUAAACCACAGAGCCUAGGACUUGCUGAUCAGAAGGUCGGCGGUUUGAAUCCCUGCGACGGGGUGAGCUCCCGUUGCUCGGUCCCUGCUCCUGCCAACCUAGCAGUUCGAAAGCACAUCAAAGUGCAAGUAGAUAAAUAGGUACCGCUCCGGUGGGAAGGUAAACGGCGUUUCUGUGCGCUUCUCCGGUUCGCCAGAUGACCCGGAAGCUGUACGCCGGCUCCCUCGGCCAGUAAACCGAGAUGAGUACCGCAACCCCAGAGUCGGUCACGACUGGACCUAAUGGUCAGGGGUCCCUUUACUUUUACCUUACUGUAUGUUUCAUAGAAUUCAGUAGAACUUGCUGCUGACUAAAUAUACUUGCACUGCCAGGAAUCUGGUUUAUUAAGAGGUUUACCUGGCGUUGCCAUUUAGAAACACCCACAAGGUGACUGACACGUAGUUGAAAUUCCAAUAGAAAGGGUUGUAACUGCAAUAGAAUCAACAUUUUACUGUGUUGUCCUAGCUAUGUCUACUCAGAAGUACUGUAAGUCCUGUUGAAUUGAAUGGAGCUUACUUCUGGGUAAGUAGGGUUAUGAUUGCAGCCUUAGAACCUUUGAUAACUUAAGACUUUGUGUUGUUUACUAAGAUGGCAAAACAUUUUCAAAAAUAAUAAAGAAUUGUAAAUAAAUUUUAAAUAGGAAUAUAACUCAAUUGUAUGUCAUUUUACAAUACAGUAUAUGUUAGUAUGACUAGACAGAUCCUUGUUUAUUUAAAAAAUAUUUAUAUAUUGUUCUUUUUAAGAUAUACCACAUUAGUUUUACUAUUUAAAAUAAAACACUCAGCCUUGAAGUUUACUGGGUCACCUUGGGCCAGUCACUAACCUACCCCCCCCGGGUUGUUAUUCUACGAGGAUAAAAUGGGUAGGGGGAGAACAAAGUAUGACACCUUGAGCUCCUUGGAAGAAAGAUAGAAUAUGAAUCGAAUUUAUAAAAUAAAAUAAUAAAAUAAAAUAAAAUCCAUAAGUAUCCAUGUCUGCAGAAUCAAAAUGAAAUUUAAUGGCUUCAAUGGAAUUUACUUCCUACAGGAUUUUAGCCUGUGAUCUGUGGCAAUUGCUUCUAAGUUAGUCUUUUUAGGAUUGGAGCGUAAAGUUUCUUAACUCUGAUUCUGCAAGCUUGUGAAGCUCAGGCAUUUUGUUGAAAUCUGAAAUAUACUCCCCCUUGCCCUAGUUGCGUGUCUAGAGAAAAGAUAUUUCCUAGGAGUUGCUUAAGAUAGUAGUACAGUCUGUUCAGACACUGUUUUCUUUAAUUAAAAAUGUGGCCAGACAUAUAGAGGACAGACCCCUAAAUGUGGUUUUGGAAAUUCAAGUUUACAAUAUGUUUAUUGCUUAAGAGUAUUGGUAUCUGUAAUAAUACGCUUACUUCCAAGCUGCAAAGAAUAAUUAAAGGAUUUAAAUUUUCCCCCUACUGUCCUUCACCUAAAUACAGUAUUUGCUAAAGUGAUUCAGAGCUCAUAUUAUGCAGAGCAUGGCUGGAACUGCAGUUCCUUCUGAUGUUUCAGGGUGCAUUGCCUGAAAACUUUCAAGCACGGUGGCUAGAAAUUUGCUCUUUUAAAAAGGAAGGAAAGCAAGCAAGCAGAGAUUAUUGGGAAAUUCAGCAUCACAUUUAUUUUAUUAUUUCUGGUUGUAUAAAAUGGCAGCAUACAGUGGUACCUCAGGUUAAAUACUUAAUUCGUUCCAGAGGUCCGUUCUUAACCUGAAACUGUUCUUAACCUGAAGCACCAUUUUAGCUAGUGGGGCCUCCUACUGCUGCCGUGCCGUCAGAGCAUGAUUUCUGUUCUCAUCCUGAAGCAAAGUUCUUAACCUGAAGCACUAUUUCUGGGUUAGCGGAGUCUGUAACCUGAAGUGUAUGUAACCUGAAGCAUAUGUAACCUGAGGUACCACUAUACAUGUCGUUUUGACCAUAGUGAUGUAUACCCUUCAAAUCUAGUGUUACCCACGAGCCUCUAGCAUGCAUUCUUUGCACUUUCUGAUCAGCACAAAUUCCUUGUGCAUGUCUUUCUAAAAACUGCUGGUGGGAUACCCUUUGUUACUGCGAAUGAACACCUAAGGUUGUACCUUGACGCUGUCUCCCCUUUGUUUCUUCUACUCUUUCUAGAGCUGUGGCUGCUAUUUUUCAACAAGCAGCCGCCACAACACCCAGUUUUAUAAUGAUCCGGUGGAAGCAGUAAAAGACAUACCCAAUGGGGCCACUCUCCUCGUUGGUGGUAAGUACUUGGGAAUCUUCUUGCUCGUCGCCAAAUGAAUUACUUGCUGAGUUUUAUAAAUUGGAAACAUUUCUGCCAUCCAUGAACAUAAACGAUAGGCUUUAGGUUUUCAGUACUUCAGACAAAACAUAAUACAGUGGUACCUUGGUUCCCAAACUCAAUCCAUUCUGGAAGUCCGUUUGACUGCCAAAACGUUUGCAAACCAAGGCGUGGCUUCUGAUUGGCACCAGAAACAAUGCCGACACCCAAAACGGACAUUUGGCUUCCAAAAAACGUUCGCAAACUGGAACACUUACUUUUGGGUUUGCGAUGGUCUGGAGCCGAUUUGUUUGGGAACCAAGCCGUUUGGGACCCAAGGUACCAUUGUAAAGGAUUUCUAGGCAGUUGGUAAAAUGGGGGAAAGGCUGUAGGUCAGUGGUAGAACAGCUGGUUUGCAUGCAGAAAUCCAAGGUUCAAACCCUGGAGAGCCUCUGCCAGUCAGUGCUGGUAAUCCCAUACAGCUUCCUAUGUUCCUGUGUAAUCGGAUUUAGCCUGACUCCUUUUCCCUUGCAUUCUUCUAUAGAAGCCUUCUCCAAACUUGGGUCCCCACAAAUUGUUGGACCGCAACCCUCAUCAUCCCUAGCCAGAUUGGCCAAGGAUGAUUGGAGGCCAACAACUAUCUGGGCACUUAAGGUUGGACAAGGCUGUUCUACAGGUUUGUUCACACUUCUCUGCAUGCAGGGAGCGAGGAGUAGAGCUGGGCUUCCCAGCCCCAUUCCCAACCUUUGGGUACCUGGGUUCUGCCCCAUAUGCAUUUGGUCAAAGGUCUGGAAGGAACCUCUGCGUACAUGGGUUCUCUGCACAACUUGGAAUCCAGAUUAAACCGGGUUCUGACCUCGUGGAGCAGCUACAUGCCUACACCUGUAUGUCAACAGAGGCCCUUUUCAGACCUUCUGCCAAUUGUGUGAAGAUCAUGGGGUAGAGACACUGGGUGUGGAACUGCUUCCCCUCAAUAUGCAUGUGAUUUAGAAGAUGAGAAAAAGGGCUUCCACUUGGAUUGGACCAGGAAGUUGGGCUUCUGCCUCUGAACAGGAGCUGCUACCAUCAUUGGCUUCAAGAAACCAACCUAGGAGACACACCUAGUGCUUUAGAGCUGCAAAAACAGCUGCGCCUACUCAGACUUAUUGUCUUCAGUGGGUUUGUGUAUCUAUGGGCUUUUCAGGGAUGGUGUUAAAAUGUUGGGAAAGCAAGCAUAAAACACUUUUUACGAGUAACGUUUCUAGGGCAGGGUGAGGGCUUCAGAAUGCAGAGUUCUCACGUCAGGGCAUUAAAAAUACUUAAAGCUGAGAGCUCUUAAGACUAUAAAGGGCUGUGAUUUGGUCUCUGCUGACUUCAGAACUAUACCUUUAUCACAAAGAGAAUUGCUCUAGAAGUUGAACAGCCCAGGGCAAUAGAAAGAUAAGUAAAGGAAGCAUUGUGUACAUUGUUUUAUUGUUGUGGAGGGAGAGUCGUUAUAUAGGCCAGUAAUUUCACAAAGGGGAGACCAGUGCAGAGUUCAGUUAAGAAGGAAGCUGUGUUGGUCCUGUCCACCUGUCAAAGUUAGCCCUCUGAGGUGAGGGAGAAUUGAACUGCUGCUUUCUGCAGGUUUGAGUGUUUCCACUGCUAAUUGGGUUUUUUUUGCCACGUGGCAAACCACAUCAUUUGAUCACAACACUUAGAUUUAAUAGGAUCCGUGUGUUUUGGGUCGGCUUACUAGUGGGCUGAAAUUUGUGGUCUCCAUUGGCCCUUCCCAUUCCCCAUAUCUUCGGGGUAUGCAAACGAAAAUGGGGGUUGUGUUGGCUUUGAAGACCAGCAUAAUAUGGGAGAGACCCCUUCUUCUGGGUUGGAAGGCAGGGUCCAUCAUGCGCUGCUGAAGAAGGUCCCUGCUUGAGGUGAACGAAUGGUUGAUGGUGGGUCGUUUUUGCAAUGGAGAUGUUCACUGCUGAAUAAUUUGUGUUGCAUAGGUUUUGGGCUCUGUGGCAUCCCUGAGAACCUCAUAGGAGCACUGUUGAAGACUGGUGUAAAAGGGAUAACCGCUGUCAGUAACAAUGCAGGGUACGUGUGCCAUCUGUUCUUGGAAUAGAUUUUGUACAAAAUCUAAUUGGAAUUCUCUUUUUGCAACUGGUGAUGGACCCCAGCCUGUGUAUAUGUGAGGAAGCACCCUGGUUUCCCUCUGGAGGAACCCACAUUUCAAAAUAGAAGACUGUUUUUGGCAUAAAGCGAUAUAUACAUUUAUACAGUGGUGCCUUGGUUCUCAAACUUAAUCCGUUCUGGAAGUCCGUUCCAAAACCAAAGCGUUCCAAAACCAAGGCACGCUUGGAUUAAUCCGUUCCAGACUUUUAAAAACAACCCCUAAAACAUGAAUUUAACAUGGAUUUUACUAUCUAAUGAGACCACUGAUCCAUAAAAUAAAAGCAAUAAACAAUGUACUGCAGUCACACAAUCAAUCAGUAAGUAGCUGAACUGGGUUCCACACAGUCACAAAAACAAAACAAAAAGGGCCACAAAAUAAAUAGCAAAAACAGACGGACCUCAGCGUAACACUCAAAACGGAAGUGUGGCACUCAAAAUGGAAGCGUAACACUUGAAACAGAGCACGUUCAAUCUUCCGAAAAAAGUUCGCAAACCGGAACACUUACUUCCAGGUUUGCAGUGUUUGGGUUCCAAGUUGUUUGAGUACCAAAGCAUUUGACAACCAAGGUAUUGCUGUAAUUAAUAAUAACUUGAAAUGAUGAGGCUGGUACUACGCUAAAUGCAUUAUAUACAAGUGCAAUGAGGGCUGAGCUGCCAGUGGCCGCCGUGCCUGGUUACAUUCACAUAAGCAGAGCACCGAGACCCGCAUUUUCAUUUAAAUUAACUUUGUCCCAUGUUAUCAGUGUUAGCGAGUGUUUACAAAACACCAGAGGGAUUUGGAUGCUUGGUGUAAAAGACCUGAAUCUGGUUAAACAUUAAUUAAUAAAUAAGGUUUUCCCUGAUACUGCUAUUUACAGUAUAGCUAAAUGAUAAGAUCAUGCUGAUAUCCUCUAUAAUCAAAACACUUUUAGUCUUUCUUCAUUACCCAAUUUGAAUGUCAUUGAUGGAAACUUGACACAGUACUUGGAAUACAUGAAAUGCACAAGCUUUUCAUGUGAUGCUGAAGAAUAUAUAUACACAAGAUAUACAUAUAUCUAUAGCUAUGCAUACUGUCCAGAUAACUUUUUGUUAUGGGACGUCAUGCAAAUUGUGGAAACAAAGAAAAUAAUGUUUGUUGCACCCAGUGUUAAUCUUCUGCAAUCCUUUACAUAUUCCCCCAGUUGUGUGUCAGAUCUUUUACUUUUCUUUUGACUUCAGUCAUAUAUUUUCUUAAUGCAUGUCAAAAAGGGACAAAGGGUAUAUGGGGUCACGACGAGUAAUAUUGGCUAAGUUCAUGGGCAACCUAUUUUAAAUUCUGCAUCCCUUGAUGCUGGCACCAGUUUCAGCAUUCCUGAGUGCCUGGCUCAACCAGUUGCUCUGCUGCCCUACACUAUACCUGUGAAGCAGCUCACUGAGGCAUUUUCCCAGGGCUUGGGGUCCUGCUUUUUGUAUGGGGGUUCUUGUUGUUGUUAAUUAAAUUUGUAUACUGGUUGGCAACUUCUUUGGGCUUGUGGGCACAUUUGCAAAUGAGCGAAAUCAGAAAGCACAGAUGCUACAACCACACACACAAUCUCUUCUUUCUUUCUUUCUCUCUCUCUCUCUCUCUCUCUCUCUCUCUCCCUCCCUCCCUCCCUCCCUCCCUCUUUCUUCUUCUUCUUCUUCUUCUUCUUCUUCUUUCCCCCCACCUCCAAAAAAUAAGGCUGCAUGUUGGUUUGCAGCCUCUUUCUAUGCAACACUGGAUUGCCUAUGGAUUUGUUUGCUUUCAUUUCACCUCACAACGGCACCCAAUUCUCACCUUGAAAUAAAUGGAAAUACAUAUUGGGACCAGCCCAACUGGUCCUAAAUUAUUUUAGCAUAUUUCACCAGAUGUUAACUGUGUUUAUUUUUGAACUGACAGUGUCAACCCUACACACUUCAGAACAGCACUUUCUUUUUAUAGGGGGAAGGUUACUUCAGCAUUUUGGCAGGUCAGACAGUCCCGGUAAUAAUUCCUAACAUACGGAGGCUCUGAAUAGUCACACAGUGUCAACAGGGUUGUUUGCUAUUCAGGCGACAAACGAGGAAUGGAAACAUGGAAGGUUUUCCAACCCUGAAGUCAGCCACUGCAUUAGAACAGUCUGUCAUGCAGGAGAGACACAAAGAUUAACCUUGGCUUGCAGCCCCUAUUAGAUGUCUUUAUUUAUUUAUUUGGUUCUUCGAAUUACAGUUUUACAAUCACAUAUCCAACAUGCAACAUAAAAACAAGAUUCCAAAGAAUCUCCUGGACUUCCCUCCUCCCUUUUGUGGGUCCUAUUGUUAGCCAUUUCUUCCUGAAUCCUUUAUAGUAAUCCAUCUCCAUUAAAUCCAAAAUUCACCAUUAAACUACAAGUGUUAUUCCAAUCCUACUAACAAUUUUAACUGUUUACAAUGGCUUUUAGAUAAAUUAUAAAUUUCUUCCAUUCUUUAUUAAAAUGUUAGUCUUCCUGAUUUCUAAUUCUUCCAGUCAUUUUUGCCAUUUUGGCAUAAUCCAUCAACUUAUUCUGCCAUUCUUCUCUGGUUGGGACUUUAUCUUCUUCCCAGGCCCUAUUAGUUGUCAUUUGCUAGGCUUGUGUUGUGAGUACUGUGACUGACUUCAUGAUAUCCAUAAUGUAUAACAUGAAGGAGGGGACCCCUAAAAGCUUGAGGUUUCCUUGUCUGUUGUGCUUCUAUUUCCUUCACCCUCAGAGUGACCAAGAAACAGAAGCUGCUCUAGGAAAAAGAGAGCACACAAAUGAACUGAACCAAGCUGGGGUGGAGAACCUUUGGCCAUUCAGUUGUGGUUGGCCUUCAACUCCCAAGAGAGCCCCAGCCAGCAUGGUGGUAGCGAGGGAUGAUGGGAGCUGUAGUCCAGCAACAUUUGGAAAGCCACAGGGUCCCCAUCCUUGGCCCAGAGCAGGGCUUUCCAAACUUGGGUAGUGACAAUUGGUUGGACCACAACUCCCAUCAUCCCUAGCUAGCAGCCAGUGGUCUGGGAUGAUGGGAACUGUAGUCCAAAAAAACAGCUGGAGACCCAAGUUUGGGAAACCCUGGCCUAGAGCACUGGUCUUCAACUGGUGGCUUGGGACCCACUACUGGUCCCAUUUGGGUCUCAAGAGGAGCACUGCCAGCAUGCAAGUACAGUGGUACCUCUGGUUAUGAACUAAAUUCGUUCUGGAGGUCCAUUCUUAACCUGAAACUGUUCUUAACCUGAGGUACCACUUUAGCUAAUGGGGCCUCCCACUGCCGCCAUGCUGCCGGUGCGCGAUUUCUGUUCUCAUCCUGAGGUAAAGUUCUUAACCCGAGGUACUACUUCCGGGUUAGUGAGUCUGUAACCCAGAGUGUUCGUAACCCAAGGUGUUUGUAACCCAAGGUACCACUGUAUUAUAAGGCUAGGGCCAGGCGACCUGGAGGCUAAAUGCGCCCUCUGCCAGACUUUUCCACCUGGCCCUCGGGAUUCUCUCCAGGCUGCACCUCUCACCAGCCUGCUCUGCAUCCGCUUUUGAGCGCCCUUUGCCUGUCAGGAAUGUGUCCUUGAACUGUGGCGAUGCUUCUUGCUUCCCUGUAUGGAGAUAUAGGUCUUAAAAUACCAACAACACCUCUUCCUCUGCGUGGCUGGAGCGCAUGAAAGGUUAGAGCCGCAUUUGUUGCUCCGCCCAUUUUUGCCUUGGGCCCCACCUACUCUUGACACGCCCCCCAGAAGGUUGUGUGCAAGGGAACAUGGCCCUCGGCUAAUACUGAAGAAAACAUGUAUUUGUGACCCUACAGCAGCAUUGCAGGGAGUUUUACCACCCCUGCAAUGUGCAGAUGCCGAAGUUACAGCUGCAUUGUGUGCUGCAGUAGAAUCCACUAUAAUCAGUGGCGUAGCGUGGGGGGUGCAGGGGGGGACCGGCCGCACCGGGCGCAACAUCCGGGGGGGCGCGCUCGCACUCGCAGCUCUCUGCCCCUACCUGGCUCACUCACUCUCUCUCACUGCAGUGCUGGCUGUGCGAAUCCGAUCCGAGCCGCUGGGUCGCUGCCCACUGUGGAGGGGGUGGGUGCCAGGCGUGCGGUGCGGAGAGAGAGCGAGGGACUAUCUGGGGGAGGGACAGUGCAGCGGCCGCCCAGCGCAGCGCUGAGCGCGGGAGAGAACCACACCAGACCAGCCCAGGCAGCAGCAAGAAGAAGCUGGCAGCGGCGGCAGGUUAGGGGUUAGGGGGCGCAAAUUACUUGCCUUGCCCCGGGUUAGGGGGCGCAAAUUACUUGCCUUGCCCCGGGUGCUGACAACCCACACUACGCCGCUGCUGUUUGCUGCUAUUUCCAUAUGUAUACAGUGGUAUCUCAGGUUACAUACGCUUCAGGUUACACACUCCGCUAACCCAGAAAUAGUGCUUCAGGUUAAGAACUUUGCUUCAGGGUGAGAACAGAAAUCGUGCUCCAGCGGCGCGGCGGCAGCAGGAGGCCUCAUUAGCUAAAGUGGUGCUUCAGGUUAAGAAUAGUUUCAAGUUAAGAACGGACCUCCUGAACGAAUUACCGUAUUUUUUGCUCUAUAAGACUCACUUUUUCCCUCCUAAAAAGUAAGGGGAAAUGUGUGUGCGUCUUAUGGAGUGAAUGCAGGCUGCGCAGCUAUCCCAGAAGCCAGAACAGCAAGAGGGAUUGCUGCUUUCACUGCGCAGCGAUCCCUCUUGCUGUUCUGGCUUCUGAGAUUCAGAAUAUUUUUUUUCUUGUUUUCCUCCUCCAAAAACUAGGUGCGUCUUGUGGUCUGGUGCGUCUUAUAGAGCGAAAAAUACGGUAAGUACUUAACCCGAGGUACCACUGUAUUUCCAUAUGUAUACAGUGGUACUUCGGGUUACAUACGCUUCAGGUUACAGACUCCGCUAACCCAGAAAUAGUGUUUCAGGUUAAGAACUUUGCUUUAGGAUGAGAACCCGAGGUACCACUGUAUCUGAAUUAGUGAUGCUGAGAUCAAAGUAGGUAAUGCAGGUUGUUCGCUCUUGCUCCCUGCCUGUGAGUUAAAGUGGUUCAUCUCUCUCUGUGUGUGUUUCUGUGGAUGGAGGCAUGGCUUUGCUUAGGGGCACCGACAACUCUUUAGGAACAUGAUUCUGUGAUCUUAUCGCCUUCCAUAAGCUCAGCUUUGCAGCGUUGUCUAAUGACCCCAUCCAGCCCCGUUUCCUAUCUGAUAAUUACUGGAUGAUAAUUUCUGUGUAGUUCACAUCCGGCAGUUUAAAAGCCUUGGGGCAGCAUUAAAUCUUGCCUAUCCUACCCACUCCUGUUCCUGACUUCAUUCGCCAAGUCCUUUUCACGAUGGAUAGAGGACAGCUGUCCCAGUUGGCCAUAAAGCAAGUGGCUUAUGGGGACUUUUAUGACUUUAUGGCUUGGAAGCAGCAGGAGUUAGGCAAGGAGCCAGCCUUGCAGGAUAUUUUGCCAGAUGGGCCAGUCCUAUAACCUAGGAAGAGCAAGCGAGCAAACUGAAAAAUUCCAUAUAAUUAUUGAAUUCUGAAUUACAGUGUGUCCUCUAUCCAAACUGUUGUCCUAACACUGAAGAAUAUAAUACACUCAAAUUUUCUAUUCCUGGCACCCCCAGAUUUAGGUGGGGGAAAUAAUGUCAGUUGGUGUAGACCAAUGUUUCCCAAACUUGGGUCUCCAGCUAUUUUUUUUUAACUACAAUUCCCAUCAUCCUUGACCACUGGUUCUGCUAGCUAGGGAUGAUGGGAGUUGUAGUCCAAAAAUGGUUGGAGACCCAAGUUUGGGAAACACUGGUACAGUGGUACCUCGGGUUACAUACGCUUCAGGUUACAGACGCUUCAGGUUACAGACUCCGCUAACCCAGAAAUAUUACCUCAGGUUAAGAACGUUGCUUCAGGAUGAGAACAGAAAUCAUGCUCCGGCGGUGCGGCGGCAGCUGAAGGCCCCAUUAGCUAAAGUGGUGCUUCAGGUUAAGAACAGUUUCAGGUUAAGAACAGACCUCCGGAACAAAUUAAGUGCUUAACCCGAGGUACCACUGUAUAGACCAAAAGUAAGGAGCCUCAGGACUAGGGUGGGACGGUGGAGAAUGUGACCUUCCAGCCCUCCUUACCUGGACCUCAGGACUCUCACCAGGGCACACCUUCUCUUGCAACUUGACACCAAUUAUUGUCUUUGCUUCAUCCCCUCCUUGAUUUUCUUUGCCUUGAACUCUGAUAAUUAACUCUUGGUCUCCUGGGUGGAGGAUAGAGAGGGGAGAAACUAGCUUAAUGAAAGUGAUAUUUACGUUCAUUCUCCACCUGCUGUUGACCCUGGUGCUGCCCAUCUCUGGCAUGUGGCCCUUGGAAGGUUGUCAGAAGGGGAGGAGGCAAAAAAUGGUCCCCCACUCCUAGUACAGUCAUACCUUGGUUUUCGAACAGCUUUAGUUCUCAAACGUUUUGGCUCCCGAACACUGCAAACCUGGAAGUGAGUGUUCCGGUUUGCGAACUAUUUUUGGAAGCCGAACAUCUGAUGGGGCUUCUGUGGCUUCCGAUUGGCUGUAGGAGUUUCCUGCAGCCAAUCAGAAGCCACGCUUUGGUUUGCGAACGUUUUAGAAGUUGAACCGACUUCUGGAAGGGAUUCUGUUCGACUUCUGAGGUACAACAGUAUAGACAAAUGAAUUAGGUGCAUGAAUGGUUUGCCAGCUUCCUUUUGUUACUGACAAGAUGUAAGCACAAACUGAUUGCCUCAUGGCCGGUCCAGCUGUGCGAUACAAUUAGUGCCACUUAGUGAUGGGCCUUUGCAAUUCUGGCACAGAGGCACUUGUGCAGGUUAUUACAUGCAAAACUCAAAGGGUGAUGCCAAGUAUGGCAUAUCUGUCUUAUUCUCACUUUUGGAAGGCGUGUGCCCCAGUGUGGAAUUUUCAUGAUAUUCUGUGGCAUUUGUUUUGUUGUAACCGUCGCCCAACAACUUUUUCUGUGCAGGGUAGACAAUUUUGGGCUGGGACUCUUACUCCAAACGAAGCAAAUCAAGCGCAUGGUGUCGUCCUACGUUGGGGAGAACGCAGAGUUUGAGCGGCAGUAUUUAUCUGGAGAGCUGGAGGUUGAGCUUACGCCACAGGUACAACACCUUUCUUAAGGGGCUAAAUAUUUUUUUAAGAAAAUGUGUUUCAUUAUUUAGCUAAUGAAUUUAUAGAUACGCAUGCAACACACACACACACACACACACACACACAAACAAAAAUGGAAUACUAAAACAAGAUACUGAGCAGUGCCAUCUAACAAUUAGCAAAAGGAAAUGAACAAAUAAAUACAUUUUUAACAGGCCUGUAGAUCACAUCACAGCUGACUCCUCUUGGAUUUGGCAGGAGAAGGUGUUCCAGAGAAUCGCUGCUUUGGAAAGAGACUGCUUCUGCUUUGUCACCAGACGUCAGCCUGCUAGCUGUGGGGUUUUAAAACAGUUAUACCUAAUAGAGUGAACCUUGGCUUCUUGGCCUGUUCUGGGUGGGGUUAGACUCCCCUGGAAGUCUGUAGCAAGGUUUAUCCUGGAUCCAACAUUUUCACCAGAGGCUCAGAACGUCUGUUUUCAGAUCCUGUUGGUUCACCAGCUAAGGCCCCUUUUGGACAGAGAUGAGUUGGCCACUGUACUACUCCAGACUAGAUGAUUCAAUGUGUUUCAUGUGGGGCUGCCCUUGAAGAAAACUUGGAACUUCCACCUGGUCCAACACGUGGCUUCCAAGGAACUUAAGGGAGCUCCUCUUGGAACUUGCAUAGCCCCUGUUCCAAAAUAGCUGUGUAGGUUUCCAGUUCAUUUCCAGGCCCAACAUCAGUGUUUGAAGCCCUGAAUGACUUAGGCUUGUGAAACAUGGACCACUUAUAAAGACCAUCUCCAACUCAUUGAAAGAUUCCAUCAAAGGUGUCUCUGAAAAAUUUUACACAUCACUUGGGAAGACAGGCGAACUAAUGCCAGUGUACUGGAAGAAGCAAAGAUCACCAGUGGUGAAGCAAUGAUUCUUAAACAUCAGCUUCAUUGGACUGGUCAUGUUGUGCCAAUGUCUGAUUAUCGUCUUCCAAAGCAACUAUUCUAUUCCAAACUUAAAAAUGGAAAGUGUAAUGCCGGUGGUCAACAAAAGAGGUUUAAAGACUCUCUCAAGGCAAAUAAAAAAAAAUGUAGUAUAAACACCUACAACUGGGAAACACUGGCCUGCAAGCGCUCCAGUUGGAGAACAGCCUUUACCAAAGGUGUCAUGGGCUUUGAAGACACUUGAACUCAGGACGCAAGGGAGAAACGUGCUAGGAGGAAGGCACGCUUGGCAAACCCUCACCAAGAUCAAUUCCACUGGGAAACCAAUGUCCCCACUGUGGAAGGACGUGUAGAUCCAGAAUUGGCCUCCAUAGUCACUUACGGACUCACUGUUAAAACCGUGUUUAUGUAAGACAAUCUUACUCGGCUACAAGUUAUCGCCAAAGAAGGCGGCUUAGGCCAUCAUAUCUGAAAGACCACCUCCUUCCCCACAGACCCUCGUAGGAGUUGAGGUUGACAGAAGGGGCCCCUCUUGGUGUUCCACCACCCUUGGAGGCUCAGAGGACAUUCUCCACAGCAGUCCCUUAGCUGUGAAAUUCCCUCCCCAUAGAGGUGUAUUUGGCACUUCCAUUAUGUACCUAAGAAUUGCAGCAUCACAGAAGUGUAGGGAUGUCUUUACCCUGGUCUUUGACACCUGAGACACCCCAUUCUCUUAACUAAUUUGGUUUAAACCGUUCUUCAUAUUUUAUUUUGAAACCUUCUGGCGAAGGGCGGCUAAGAAAUCAUAAGCUGGGGUAGCUCAGUUAGCAGAGCCCCACAUUGGGCUUGAGCCCCACAUUGGGCAAAAGAUUCCCGCAUUGCAGGGGGUUGGACUGGAUGACCCUCGUGGUCACCUCCAAUUCUGCGAGUCUAAGCCCAAACCUGGAGGCUUUUCCCCAGCUCAAUCUUAUUUGUGGGAGUUCUUAGGGCUGACAGUUCUAACUGGCUGGACAGAAACGUUACUGCCACUUGCGGGUGUUUUUGGAAGAGUCAAAUGUUCAAAACUAAUCAUGAGGAAAGUUACAGUAAAUAGAGAGCAGAUAGUUCAUAAGGCACACUUUUACCAAUAGGUAUUGGUAUCUUACAAAGCAGAGACAUCACCUUGCCAACAAAGGUCCGUAUAGUUAAAGCUAUGGUUUUCCCAGUAGUGAUGUAUGGAAGUGAGAGCUGGACCAUAAAGAAGGCUGAUCGCCGAAGAAUUGAUGCUUUUGAAUUAUGGUGCUGGAGGAGACUCUUGAGAGUCCCAUGGACUGCAAGAAGAUCAAACCUAUCCAUUCUUAAGGGAAUCAGCCCUGAGCGCUCACUGGAAGGACAGAUCCUGAAGCUGAGACUCCAAUACUUUGGCCACCUCAUGAGAAGAGAAGGCUCCCUGGAAAAGACCCUGGUGCUGGGAAAGAUGGAGGGCACAAGGAGAAGGGGAUGACAGAGGACGAGAUGGUUGGACAGUGUUCUCGAAGCUACAAACAUGAGUUUCAGCAAACUGCGGGAGGCAGUGGAAGACAGGAGUGCCUGGCGUGCUCUGGUCCAUGGGGUCACAAAGAGUCGGACACAACUAAACAGCAACAACAAAUUGGGUGGGUAGAUAAGAAUUGUCAGAGACAGGUUUUUAAAGUACAGAUGCUGCCAUCUUGUGGAUCAAACUUAAGUAUGGAAUGAAUUUAUUCAGGCCUUUCUGAGAUCAAGCAAUUUUUUUUGGUAAGGUUUGCAGGUUUGCUGGCAUGUUGAAUUUCCUAGCAACAAAAAGUACUGUAUCCUAUCCAUAAAACAGGCACCCUUGCAAAGGUGGAAUAAAGCAGGUUCUAGCCAGAUUAGCAGUUGUCUGUUGCUCUGGCAGGAUGUUCUCCCAUAAAAUACUUUCAUGGACCUUUCUGCCUCUCUCUGUUGUCUUUGGGUGAUCAGCUUUCAUGUCACCAUGGGAUAGGCAGGAGUGGUUCUCUCUCUCUCUCUCUUUUUUAAAUGAUAUUUAUUGAGAAUUUUAAGAUUACAAAGAAACAAAGAAAAAAGAAGGAAAAAACAAGUAACAAUUAAAGAAUACAAAUCAAUAAAAAUCAAAGUCAAAAAGCAAAAGCAAAACACAUAAUACAUCAAAAUCAAAAAGCAAAAAUAAACAGAAAAUUUAAAAACAGAUCCAAUAUUCCCAAAUCCUUAACUGUCAUUACCUUAUUUCAUCGACCUCCUCGCACCUCCCCUUUUUGUAUUCUAGUUGUUAAUUAUCUCAGCAAAUCCUUUCCGUCUUUCAUAAUAUUCUGUCAUUAAAUUACCUUAAUCUAUUUUAACCUUAUCUUACCAUAAAGAACCCUAAAACUUAAAACUUAAAUCUUAUUUAUACCAAUUUCUCAUAACCAUAACAUAUUCUUACAUAAUUCUUUUUAACAUUUCUGCUAAAGCCAAAUAAUUUCGUUACAACAUUUUUCUAAUACUCAUUAAUUUUACAAAACUUUCCUAAUUUUUUUUUUUUAAACUUUCUUCCAAUCUUCAUCCAACGUCUCUUCCUCCUGGUCUCAGGUUUUGUCAGUCCUUUCUAUCCCAUCCAUCUAGUUCAUCAACCUGGUAACCUUAUGUCCGAGGCUCUUAAAUCUCUUCCAUGUCCCUUCCGCAGGUCUUCUUCAUAUUUAUACCUGUACUUUACUUUGUCUUCUGCUCCUUUCACUCGUGGAGACUCCAGCUUGACAAUAUUUUUGUCCCUUCUCGACAGAUCAGCCCCUUUUCCAUAGUCAACACUGAACUCCAUGUGGUAUUUAAAAGCGUGUUUCAAGGUCCCUCCAAAGUUAAGGGCCCCCACAACUCUGAACUCCUCCCGGCCCAAAGCCAGACUUGAAAGGUCAAAACAUCCCUGCAUAGGGGGGUCUAUCCAGCCCCCCAUCUCCAAGCCAAACAAGACUCUAUCUCUCCAAAUCUGGCUUUUUCCAGGUUCAUUCGUCAAAUCCAACAACUCAUGUUCCUGCUGGGCCACAGUUCCUUCCGUCUCUGCCUCUCGAGGUCCAGCAACAACCUUCUCCCUCAUCUGAUCUGUCAGAGCACACUCCUGGAUUAAUUCCUGAGUGGGUUCUAUAUAGGUACCCACUGCCUGUCCAAAAUUUCCGAUCGCAACAGUCAUCAAAUCCGUCUUCUCAUGUAACUGUUCCAAUAAAGCACUUGUCUUGCAGAAGGCAAGCACCAGAGCCUCCGACUACAUUCUUGUACAAGGUCAGAGUCUGGUCCCACGAUCUUAAUCUAUUGCAGCUGCAAAGCUCCCCAGUUCAGAUUUAAUAACAGUUCGCAAGCUCCCUCUAGGGGAGAAAGCUUCUAUUUGUAUCCAUCUCUCUCUCUCUUUUUUUUAAAGCAGAUCUAACAACAAAGUUUCCUUUUUCAGAUAUUUUGUCAAUAUUUUGUUCCUUUUAGAUGCGAAGGGGAACAAUGGAAUCAAUAUGUUUCUCUUCUUUUAACUAUCUGUCAAAAACGUUUGUCUAUAGUCAAUGAACUUCCCGAGGAUGUCUGUCCUGACACCCCGCUCCCAGGUUCAAGACGGUGGAAAAUUGCUUUUCUUUACUCUCUCUUCUGCAGGUUUAAACGGUCCAGAAAAAGUUUCCCCCUUUUCUCCUGCUUCCAAGGGGGGUUCAGUAAUUUUGAAUGAUGAAAAUUGAUCCUUUACAGACAACUUUCUAAACUCUAGCUUGCCGUGUCUUUGCUUUAAUCUAUCUACAAAAGCGGAAGGCGGACUUCCUGUUUAGACCUUCCCGCUUCAGUGCCAAAUCAAAAGAAAUUUCUUAAUCCAAUUUUCCGUUCUACUCACGGGCAGUUAUUUAAAAUCCAAUUGUCCACAGGAAAAAGUCAGUGCUCUCCGGCAACAGCAAUGCGGCUUCACUCCGUGAAAGAAGCAGUUGAUUCAAAGCACCGCGCCACUCACCCCACGUCGCUCCGGAUCCCCGAAACCGGGGUUCCCCGCGAGUAGGGGGGGCGCAAAGGUGCCAGCCGAAUCCCACGUCCACAGGCUUCUCCCGCCUGUGGUUUUUGAUGGGUCUCCGCCUCGCCGUGGCGGUUCAGACCCUUUUUUCCACGGAGCGGAUUCCUCCCGAUCGGAGGAAAUCCGCCAUUGCCAGAGGCGCCAACCCGGAAGUCUAGGCAGGAGUGGUUCUCCAGGCCAGGCAGCAGAGUGCUAAGAGAGCCUGUGACAUCAGAGCAGGCCAGCCAAUGAAAUUCGAAGCCCUAAGACCCAUGUGUACCUUCUGUGAAACCAAAUCCCUUAAUAAGUGCUGUUCUGCAUACUUUUGCAUUCAGAUGGCAGUACAUGCCGUUUGAGGGAAAAUGGAGCUGUUUGGUGGAAAGAAGGCAGAAGACGUCAAAGGGGAGAAAGCAGGAGAAGUAGGGAAUUUGGGAACAGGAUGCUGGACUAGAAGGGCCAUUGGCCUGAUCCUGCUGGCUCUACUUAUGUCCUGAACAACCCGGGAAUCUCUCUUGUUAUCGGUCUCUGUACUUAACAGUUUCUUUCCUUCUAGGGCACGCUGGCUGAGCGCAUUCGAGCAGGAGGAGCAGGUAUCCCAGCAUUCUUCACCAGCACAGGGUACGGGACUUUAGUGCAAGAAGGAGGGGCUCCAAUCAAAUACAACACAGAUGGUACUGUUGCCCUUGCCAGCGAGCCCAGAGAGGUAAAAGAUCAUGCUUGUGUGUUUUAAUGGUGGAACUAGGGCAGCGGUAGGGGACCAUCAUUCUUGGGAAGAGAGAGUCCAUAACAGACAGACAGAGGGCCUUCUCGGUGGUGGCGCCCGGCCAGUGGAACGCCCUCCCAUCAGAUGUCAAGGAAAUAAGCAGCUAUCUUAUUUUUAAAAGACAUCUGAAGGCGGCCCUGUUUAGGGACGUUUUUAAUAUUUAAUGCUGUAUUGUUUUUAACACUCGAUUGGGAGCCGCCCAGAGUGGCUGGAGAAACUCAGCCAGAUGGGCGGGGUAUAAAUAAUAAAAUAUUAUUAUUAUUAUUAUUAUUAGUAGUAGUAGUAGUAGUAGUAGUAUUAGUAUUUUAUUAGUAUUAAAGCCAUGUGAGGCUUUUGACCAGUUAGCAUCCCUAUUGCUUGGCAUUCUGCAAAGGAAUAAUUUAAAAUGCCAACAUGGGAAGGAACAGUUUUCAAGAUGAAUAACUUUUCAAAUAUUUCCUCCCGCUCCUGACUUCUCACAGGUGAGAGAGUUUGAUGGGCGACACUAUAUUAUGGAAAAGUCGAUAACGGGGGAUUUUGCGCUAGUGAAGGCGUGGAAAUCUGAUCGCGCCGGGAACAUUAUCUUCAGGUACAGUAUUGCACACAGAGCAAAUGUGCUUUUCUCCAAAGCAGCAGUUUUCAGAGGGUUCGCCAGGAAAUCUUGGACUUCCUUUGGAAGCUCACCAGAGUAUCCUGAACGAGAAGAUCAGUCAUGUUGGACAAAGCUGACCCGUCAGUGUGCAAAUGUUCUUCCCCUGUAAUACGCAGCUCCAAGGGGCUCCCCCCCCUCUUGUGUUGGGAUACACCUGCAGCUCACAUGGGGCUCAUUAUGCUCACUUGACUUGUAUAAUAAUUUAAAUUUAAUUUAAAAGUUGUUUAGCCCACUCUUCAGGGUUGGGUUUUUUUGGUUAUGUUUAGGUUUUGAGUGUGUUAGUGCAGACAGUUUUCACCCACAGGGACCAAUGGUCUGACUCUGUUUCUUAUAACCUGUGAAAAGUGGAGAUUUAGGAAAUAUAAGCAUUGAAUAGAUGGAGAAUGAAUUUAUAAUGCUAUAAUCUGAAUUUUUUAAAAAAGAAAUCUGCAUUUCUUGUAUCUAUUCUUGCUCGGUGCAACUCGGUCUGACCCUUAUGUUUCCCUCCCCUUAUGGUCUUGAUUUAUUGGCUACUUUAAAAUGAGGCUGCAUUUUAAAUUGCACUUUAACCUGUAUUUUAAAUUGCCCCCCCCCUCUAUUUCCCCCCUAUUAUGUUUUUACUGUGAUUUUAUUGGUGUUAGCCACCCUGAGCCCGGCUCUGGCCAGGGAGGGCGGGGUAUGUAUAAACAAACAAACAAACAAACAAACAAACAAAUAAAUAAAAUAAUUAUUCUUCACCCAAAUUUGGUGAGCGCAGGGACUCGUUUAGCAUUUAAUAAAGCAAAGGUGUCCAGGAGGGGGCAGUAGAAGCCCAAACAUUUUUUAUGUUGUAUGAUAAGCUCAAGAUAGAGAGAAAUAUCUAGAAAAUAGGAUCCUUUGAUUCAGUUUUGAGGCUGCUCUACCAAGGCUUAGAGUCUGUGCCUUAGACCAUCAUUUGAGACACAUUAUCAGAAAAACUUGACACCUCCUGUAUAACGGUGGGAUUGACCCCCUGUUUGCUCUGGUCACCAACCCCCCCCCCCAAUUCCCUUCCCCCUCUUCCCCCAAUGUACAACACAUGCAAACAAAGAAAGCUCAUUUCCAGGAAUGGAGAGUUGCUCUUGCACUCAGAUCCUCCUUUCUGGUUUCCCAUAGCAUCUGGUCGGCCACUGUGAGAACAGAAUGCUGGACUAGAUAGGCCAUUGGCCUGAUCCUGCAGGCUCUUCUUACGUUUUUAUAUUCUUAAGCAUAUGUCAGAUUUUUAUAUAACACCCCCCCCCCCCAAAAAAACCCCCCAACCAAUAUUGUGUUUGCCAUGGACCUUGGUUUGCUAGUGGGAAUCUUCUGGGUAGAAGGCAAUGAAGUAUUUCUGCAGUCAAGUCUUGCUCUUCCCCCAUUCAAUGGUCAAAUAGGUGUCACAAAUGAUGUGCAACUUGGAUUAUCUCCUUUCUCCCCUCCACAUUUCAAAAUGUGCCCUGAUGUGCAUCCUGUUGCCCAGUUUAUUUAGCUGGGAGUAAACACUGCUGAACUCGGUGGAACCUACUUCCCAGUUGACACUUAGAAGGAGCGCAUUGCAAAGUCCCCCACCCCUUCUUUUAAACAGUAGCACACAUGCACACAAACACACACACACUGCAUGGUAAACAAGCCUGCAAUUUUAAAUGUGUUCUUAAACAUAUCCUAGAUAUGCAAAGGUCUGUAUGUUACCACCUUACUGCUAUCUUCUCCUUCCUUCCUAAUUCCUUUAAAUUUAGGUUGACCCAGUGCUUCCCCUGAUAUUAAAGUAAUAUAACAGCCUGAAUGUGAGCAGAAAAUACUCUCCUAUCUUUUGCUUUCAGUUAACUUUAGCUUCCCCUUUUCUCUGCCUCAAAUAGGAAAACGGCAAGAAACUUUAACCAGCCCAUGUGUAAAGCUGCCAGAACAACUGUAGUAGAGGUAAGGUCAAACAAUUUUUACUUGUACUUCAAAGCUUGCAAGUACUCCUUACAGAUCUUUGCGAAUUGCUCAGAUGAAGUUGACAGAUGCUGUAUACAUGCAUAACUGAAACCAGGCGUGAUGUUCUGCUCCAGUUGAAGAUGAUAUGCCUUUACCUGCAGCAGGGAUAGAAGAGGGAAGGAUUUUAGAGAAGCCCAAAUGAUGACAAGCUGUGGUAUCAUAUGCGUGAACGUAAAACCUGAACACCUGUUUCUGGUAAACAACUACGAAAGGCCUAGUGCUCACCUGAGGCCUGCAGGCUGAAGGUGGAGACCCCCAAGAUUUAAUGUUCCUCAACCAACUAAACUAAACCUAAACCUAAACCUAAACCUAAACCUAAACCUAAACCUAAACCUAAACCUAAACUAAACUUCCAUUGCAUAGAAAGCGAUAUCAGCAGGGACGAUCGCAGUCCUCAGAGUGGUUUAACAGUCUGUCCCUCUUCCCAGGGAACUAUGGGAACUGUAGCUCUGUGAGGGGGAAUAGGGGUCUCCUCACAACUCUCAGUACCCUCAGCAGACUACAUUUCCCAGGAUUAUUUGGGGGAAGCUAUGGCUGUUUUAAAACAGCAUCGUGCCACUUUCAGGUAUAGUGCAGAUGAGAUCUUCAGCAGCUGUAUGCUGGCAUACCAGUCUUCCCGUGCUUGUGCUUAUGUAGCCAAAACCUCACUGACGCUCAAGGGAAGAAGUACCCAGCAGACAUGAAGUAAUAAUUAUACGCAGGCAGAAAAGCAAAUCUGUAGCUAAAAUGUAUCCUAGAGGGUGGGGAAGCAGCCACACAAAAAUUAAAUGUUGUAGAAUACUGACAGACUGAAAAAUGGGGAAAAUGAGAAUUAGGUAGCGUAAGGGAAUAGAAUAGACUGGGCAGAACAGGCUUAUGCGAAUAUAUAGAUUAUAUAGAGAGCUAUAUAACCAUCUUGUUUUCUGGAUGUCAGUUCCUGGUUCACACUGAGAAGCUAUUUUUGGACUCCCCCAGACAGCCUGUUUAUUGAGCUUUCACUCCGAUCUGCUUGUCCAAAACUUACUCAGAGGUUAUUUUAUAAAUAAAAUUUGUUUCUCACCCUUUCUCCCAAAUGAGCCCAGGGUGGUAUAUGUCCAAUUUUUCACUUGAGCUUUCAAUCAGAUUUGUUUGCAGGGAAGAUUUAUGACUGUCAGCAUUCAUCCCGAUCUUCUGGUUACUCUCCUAGCCCCAAAAGAUUCUGUGGUAGUGGUGGUUUUUUAAAACAGAUUUGUUGAGCCAGGGCAAACAGAGCAACUUUGAGGCACUUUUAAUUUCACAAACCUGAGUUUCCAGUGUGCGCUUGUUAACCCUUCUGCAAAACAACGGGUGUUCUGAAGGCCGUAAUUAUUUGAUUGUCCCCAGGGAUGGAAGAGAAAGGUGCCCUUAUGCAUGUAGAGAGAAGUUGAAGAAUUUUGUGUAGCUAGGAUUGGGCACAAGUAUACCCACCCUGCCUCAAAUGAAGAGACAAACCCCAAUGUAGGAUAUAAACAGCAAGUGGGGAUAAAAAUUCCAGUGCAGUCAGCGAAGAUUGAGCAUGCUGUUUUCACAUGCUAUUAUUUUCUUUUUGUAUCCCAUUUGUAGAAUACUUUGUAAGGGGAAUGGUUCCUUACCAAAGGGAAAAACAAAAGCUAGGAUAACAGAAGCCUAGUUUUCCUCCUGAUUUUUGAGAUCCUCAUUCAUUAUGGAAUAGUUGGGAGACUGGAAGAUGAGGUUUGAUUUAGCAAGGAAGAGGAACAAAGGGUUGGGGGUGGGGCUCAGAUCUGAGCGCAGAAAUGCUCUUUCACCCACAACUAAUUAAGGAAAUGUAAUUAAAAACCCUGCAAUGUAUCUUUGGUUACUUAGCAACGCCAUUAGAAUGCUGCUAUCGCAGGUACAAUGGACUUUCAUUACAUUGUGGGACAGGAAUGAAUAGCUUCAUUAGUCACCAAAAAUUGUGGUGUUGCUUUCAUUGUUAACGAUGAGACGCUGAGAAAUGGCCAUGCUUAUAAAUGCACACUCUUAUAUUGCCGAUAACAGUCUUCGCUCUUGCGUCCCAGAAAUUCUGCUUAAUUCUAAUUCUACCUCACAAAUUUGAAUUCCGAGAUGUGCCACACUGACUACGCAUCAGCCAGGAAGCUGCAAUAGGGGCUUUGGCCUACCAGUGAGUUUCUUCAAACACAAUUCAAAGUGUUGGUGCUGACAUUUAAAGCCCUAAACGGCCUAGGCCCAGUAUACCUGAAGGAGUGUCUCCACCCCCAUUGUUCUGCCCGGACACUGAGGUCCAGCUCCGAGGAACUUCUGGCGGUUCCCUCACUGUGAGAAGUGAGAUUACAGGGAACCAGGCAGAGGGCCUUCUCAGUAUUGGCACCCGCCCUAUGGAGUGCCCUCCCAUCUGAUGGCAAGGAAAUAAACAGCUAUCUGACUUUUAGAAGACAUUUGAAGGCAGCCCUGUUUAGGGAAGUUUUUAAUGACUGAUGUUUUAUUGUGUUUUUAAUAUUCUCUUGGAAGCUGCCCAGAGUGGCUGGGGAAACCCAGCCAGAUGGGCGGGGUAUAAAUAAUAAAUUAUUAUAAUGUUAUUAUUAUCUUGUCCCUUUUUUCUAAUUCAGGGGUAGCUAACCUGAGACCCUCCAGAUGGUGUUGAAAUCCAUCUCCUAUUAGCCGUAGGCAGCAUGGCCAAAGGUCGGGAACGAUGGGAGUUGGAGUCUAAUAACAUCUGGAGGGUCGAGGGUUGCUUCCUGGAUCGUGUCCAAGCUUCCACACAAUCACUUUUCCGCAUUAAACAUUACAGCGUUGGCCACUCAAAAAUGCUUUUAUAUACUGGUGUAAGAUAUGAAUUUGCACCUGCUGAAUGGAUGAACUUGGGCAUCCGUCUUUAGUGGCUUCCCAGCUGCAAGGACACAAGAAUUAGCCUUUUGUGUCCAGGAAAUUCCUGUGGCAAUUGUCACUAGUAGUGAAUCUUUGCACACUUUCCUGCCAAGAGCAAAGGUUUGUACCCAGGAUUCCCAGAUGCACAAGGUUACAGUGCUUCAUGCAACUUGGGAGAAAAGUAGGAUAUCAAUACAUAAAUACGACAAUGACAACAAUGUAUUUGGCCAUGAUGCCAUCUUGGUCUUCCACAUUUCAGCCUUAGAAAUCCAUCUAGAGCUUUGGUUCUGUUUUUCCUCUUUUAUAGUUUAAGGUGGGGGGAUAGAAUUAAUGGUUUGAAAGGUUUAUUAGAAGGCUAGAAUAGAAAGACAUUUUUCCUUUGGUGUUCUGCUGGGUACCUACUGCUGUUUUGCAAAGUAAGGCAGGAUGGAGAGAGGCUUGGCUGUUUGCUUGCUUCUGUCAAAUUGGAAAAUGGUGCGUUUUGUUGCUUCCCCCACCCCCACGGUGCUCCUCAAUCCUAUUUGGAGUUUCUGUGGGGAAGAGUCUUGCUGUGCUUCAGCUAUUAUGUUGCAAUGCGCAUCUCGAGUUAUGAUGAGUUUCUCCGACUGGCAUUUCAAAACGCUUAUUCUUUUAUAAGCCCAUGGGGACAACCCACCUGCUUAAAUAAAUGUCUUUGGUGUUCUUAGCACAUGGAGUGGCAACAUGUGCAUUCUGCACAUGUUAUGAGUUGAAGUGUCCCAAACUAUAUGCUCAGAAUAAAUGCGUGCUCAUAUAUAUAUAUAUAUUUUUGUUUGUAAAAUGCUCCUUGCUUCCAAGAAGUAAAGUGAAAGAUCAUGGGUAUAUGAAGAGAGAGGGAAAAUAGUGUCUGCUCAAAUAUUUUGCUCUUGGAAAGGCGUCGUAUGGAGAGAAGCCUCCUAGUGACUGUAGUAGCUGCUGGUUCUCAAAGCAGCUACAGACACAGUUGCACCUUCAGAUUGCACUUCUACGCCGUCGCCUUGGAUGACUCUUUGGUUAAAGAGAGGACCAUUGCACAGUACCUCACUGUUUUGCUGGAGAGAACAAGAAAGUUAAAUACUGGCUGGGGACUUCCUGUUCCCAUCUGGCAAUUAAUAGCAAGACCUUGCAGUGCUGAGAGUGUGAAUAGGCAGCCGAGGCGGCUUUCUCCUCUAGCGUAAACAUGCAAACAUUACCUGCUUGGCUUCAGGCUCUUUUAUUCUAGAAUAUUGGGAAAUGGGUGGCAUAAAGUAUUUUGCCACGGUUGUUCUUGGAAGCCACAUGGCGCUCAGUGUGUUUAGACACAAUCUGUGCAACGCUUACUUGCAGAACCAGGAAGUGGGUAGUAGAGAAAGUGAGACUUCCAGUUAAAGGAUCUAAGAAGAAGAAGAAGAGUUUGAAUUUGAUAUCCCACUUUAUCACUACCCAAAGGAGUCUCAAAGUGGCUAACAAUCUCCUUUCCCUUCCUCCCCCACAACAAACACUCUGUGAGGUGAGUGAGGCUGAGAGACUUCAGAGAAGUGUGACUGGCCCAGGGUCACCCAACAGCUGCAUGUGGAGGAGUGGGGAAGCGAACCCGGUUCACCAGAUUACGAGUCCACCGCUCUUAAUCACUACGCCAUGCUGGCUCUCCCAAGCCCUCACCUCACUUCAUAAACUGAGAGCUCUUGGAGCUUGGAGCUAUGUAACUCAUUGUUGCUUCAAAAAAGAACCCGGGGACUUACCUCUUCAAAAGGAACUGAAGGGCCCUGCAUGUUGCCAUCUGCUAAUCUUUGUGUACUGUGUGCACUCUCUGAUUUUUACCCUUUUUGUUUUUCACAUCUGCUCAGGUAGAAGAAAUUGUGGACGUUGGUUCCUUUGCCCCAGAAGAUAUUCAUGUCCCCAAGAUAUACGUCCAUCGUCUCAUCAAAGGGGGAAAGUAUGAAAAAAGAAUCGAGGUAAGUUUUAAUGAGUUUGGGGCCAUCCUGUGUGUUUGCCCAUGCAGCCUGGGCACAUUUGUGUCGCUGCUCUUAUUUUGCAUAAUUAUGGGUUUCGCUAGUUACAAGGAGUGAUGCCUUCCUAGCACGGGUGAAACUUACCUCUCUGACUUCUAAAAAAAUUCAACACACCCACCCAAGCAUAUCUUCAUCCUGAGGGGUUGGAAACUUGUUUUUCCCCUCUCUUUUUUGAAAAAAACAAAAGCUGAUAAUCUCAUCGGAGCUUGAAUGUAUAAGCAGUAAAACAUUUUUGUGCCUCUGUGGACCUCAGCAGACACCAUGCCGUUUCCAUAUCCAAUUAUAAAUGAAGGUUGAAUCCCAAUGCGACCCACUUAACAGAACGCAUCCUCAGCACUUCAUUAAUUACAUCUGAAUUUCACUAAAUAGCCCCCAAAACUGCAGCUGUGUCCAACAUCCUUUGGUGAGAAAUAGUGGAUGAAUUCUGAGCUCACCUUUAGGAUCCGGUUAUUACCAUAUUUUUGCAUUGGCAAGAAACCUGACCUGCCAUCCUAGGAUCUGGGUGUGCGAAGAUGCCUGGCUGGUAUGUUGUGUGUGGGCAUGUGUGCCGAAGCAUCCCUCAGUCUUUUAGCUUGGCUUACUGAAGUCAGCUGGGACGCGGGUAGCGCUGUGGGUUAAACCACAGAGCCUAGGGCUUGCCGAUCAGAAGGUCGGCAGUUCGAAUCCCCGCGACGGAGUGAGCUCCCGUUUCUCAGUCCCUGCUCCUGCCAACCUAGCAGUUCCAAAGCACGUCAAAGUGCAAGUAGAUAAAUAGGUACCGCUCCGGCAGGAAGGUAAACAGCGUUUCCGUGCGCUGCUCUGGUUCUCCAGAAACGGCUUAGUCAUGCUGGCCACAUGACCUGGAAGCUGUCUGCGGACAAACGCUGGCUCCCUUGGCCUAUAGAGCGAGAUGAGCGUCGCAACCCCAGAGUCGGUCAUGACUGCACCUAAUGGUCAGGGGUCCAUUUACCUUUACCUUUACUUAAGCCAGCUAGAGCUCUUGUCUCUGCAAGUGCACGCCUCUUCUCUGGAGAAUGGGUGUCGUUUGAGUGACCUUUGGGGGGGUAGCCAACUUCAGUUGCUCCCAGCCAGCAUGACAAAUGGUCAGGAAUGACAGGAUAUUUUGGAAGCUACCAUCCUGACUACCCAAGAGGGGAUCCUUUGGAAGCCUGUUGAGCAGAUAAUUGUGUUUCAUGUUGCUGGUGGUAGGGCCAGGUGGCUUUCAUUUCUUACGAUUCUGUUGACCUAUUAUUAGAAGUGGUUUCCAUACUGUUUUGCCAGGAACGCUGAGAUUAGGGAAGAGCUGCGAUUCAGAACUGGCGCUCAUGAGUUACAUGCAAAAAGGUUCAGUCCAUGGCAAUCUCCAGCAACUGUAGAGAGAGAGACCCCUGGCUGAAACUCUGGAAAGCCCCUGCCAGUCAGUAUUAACUGUGUUUUGGAGGUUUAAGUUAUGUUUAAAAUUUUGCACAGUGUCUAUUUUUGUUGUUGGCAGCCGCUUUGAGACCUACCUGGUGGAAAUAAAGAAUGUAAAAUAAUUAAAAAAUAAACGGACCCAUGUUGUGACUCCCUGUAUAAGGCAGCUCCAUGGAUAGUUUGAGGCAAAAAAAAAGCUUGAAUUGGGAAGGAACACCAGGGCAGUGUCUCAUAUCAAUUUGUACACCCUCUAUAUAACCUGCCUCAGAACUCUUUGCAGAGCACAAGGGGUCUGUGGCAGAUACGGAACCGUUCCUCAGCAGGCAUAUCCAUAGGGAAAGCUUUGCCUGAACAUUUGUUGUUGUUGUUGUUUAGUCGUGUCUGACUCUUCGUGACCCCAUGGACCAGAGCUCGCCAGGCACUCCUGUCUUCCGCCGCCUCCCGCAGUUUGGUCAAACUCAUGCUGGUAGCUUCGAAAACACUGGCCAACCAUCUCGUCCUCUGUCAUCCCCUUCUCCUUGUGCCCUCAAUCAUUCUCAACAUCAGGGUCCUUCCCAGGGAGUCUUCUCUUCUCAUGAGGUGGCCAAAGUCUUGGAGCCUCAGCUUCAGGAUCUGUCCUUCCAGUGAGCACUCAGGGCUGAUUUCCUUAAGAAUGGAUACCUGAACAUAGAAAACUUGAAAAACCGACCCUUGUGAUAAAACUCUUGUUUUAGUGCUUUGGUUCCAAGGCAAGGUCCUAAGGGCAUAUGAUGCAGCCACCUUGCUGAAGAUAAGCAGAUCAGGGUCUGACCGGUACCUGGACAGGAGACCAUUUUGGAACCUCCAUAUAUGUCACUUUGAGCUCCAGGAAGGAAGGAAGGGAGAGAGAGAGAUUAUAAAUAAUUAAAUGCAUCUUACGUGUGCUGAACGAUAGCACUGCUUACCUUUUCCUUUUGAGGCUAAGCAUCAAAUAUUAUUCCUGAUUCUUCUUCAGCCCGAUAGGAGGCUGGGUAUAGAUCUUUGUUACUGCAUAGCCAAGCCAUGAUUGUUUUCAGUUUUUCUCCUGUUCUCCAGACCGGCUUCUCCCCUCCCUCCCUACGACGCCACUCCCCCCCCCACCUCGUUUUUAAGUGUUUUAUAUCGUCUAGACCAAAGUUACAGCAGGGAUUAAUUUUGGUCUGCUGAGUUUUGUAAUCCUUCUAGGGAUCUGCCUUGUCAAAACAGGCGAUGAAACGGCAAGCUCCUCUGUUUACUGUCUUAAGAGUGAGAGUGCCUAUAAAAAUUGCAUCUACCUUGGAGGCUCUGGGCUCGCUUCUUCAAACGUAAAUUGGUCUUGGACGGAAUGUGGUUAUCCACCCGAGUGCUGAGUGAGGGUUCCAGUAUAAAGCAGAUUUAGCUUAGAGUGCCUGGAAAAGGAAGAUAGUUUAUCAUAUUAGGAGAGGAAUAAUUAUGGCUGUCAUAUCUAGCCUGGCUCUGGCUGGGAGAGCAAAACAUCCCAAGGGAAGCCUAAUUCCGAUUUAAGCUGCUAUUAAACAUAUCUUCGCGUUUUCUUUAUGCCUCAGUUUCAAAAGUGAGAAGAAGCAGAGACUUGGGCCAAGAUGCAAGUCAGAGUUUUAGAUUCAGAAGCCUUGGUGCUUUGAAUGCAUGGAUACAGUAUACAGUCGUACCUUAGUUCUCGAACACCUUGUGACUCAAAUGUUUUGUCUCCCGGACACCGCAAAUCUGGAAGUAGGUGUUCCGGUUUUCUUUUCUUUCUUUCUUUUUUUUUGUAUAUAAUUUUUAUUAAAAUUUUCCAUUAUAUCAAUUCCAAUAUCAAACAAUUUUCACAAAUUUCAAUUUUUAGACUUCCAUCAGCUUCUCUGUCAAUCAUCCAUGUUUACCCAUUUUUACCCAUUUUCUAAAUUUAGUAUUGCAUUUUAAUAUUACUUUUACAAUCCUCUUUCUGUUUAACAAUACUCCUCUGCCUUUCACAAAGCCUCUUUAAAUCCCACUAGCGUUGUUUGUUCAUCACAUAUACUUUUCAGAUAUUCUGUAAAUUUUCCCCAGUCCUCGAUGAACUUGUGGUCCCAUUGGUAUCUGAUCUUCCCAGUUAGUUUGUCCAAUUCAGCAUAGUCUAUAAGUUUCAUUUGCCAUUCUUCAAGAGUUGGUAUUUCUUCCUGUUUCCAUUUUUGGGCCAUUAAUAUUCUUGCUGCUGUUACUGCUUAUUGAAAGAGUUCAUUGUCCUUUCUAUUUAUUUCACUUCCUAUUAUUCCUAACAGAAAGGCUUCUAGUUUCUUUACAAAUGUAUAUUUCAACAUCUUCUUCAAUUCAUUAUAUAUCAUUUCCCAGAAACCUCUCACUUUCUUACACUCCCACCACAUAUGAAAAAAAGUUCCUUCUUGGUGCUUCGAAUGCAUGGAUACAGUAUACAGUCGUACCUUGGUUCUCGAACACCUUGUGACUCAAAUGUUUUGUCUCCUGGACACCGCAAAUCCGGAAGUAGGUCUUCCGGUUUUCAAACUAUUUUGGGACGCAGCUUCCAUGGCUUCCAAUUGAGUGCAGGAAGCUCCUGCAGUCAAUCGGAAGCUGUGCCUUCGUUUUCGAACAUUUUCGGAAGUCAAACGGUCUUCUGCAACGGAUUCUGUUCGAGAACCAAGGUACAACUGUAUAAGCAUCCUGGUAGCAGUCUUGGUAGCAUCCUGAUAGGGACGCGGGUAGUGCUGUGGGUUAAACUACAGAGCCUAGGACUUGCUGAUCAGAAGGUCGAUGGUUCGAAUCCUCGCGAUGGGGUGAGCGCCCGUUGCUCAGUCCCUGCUCCUGCCAACCUAGCAGUUCGAAAGCACGUCAAGCGCAAGUAGAUAAAUAGCGGGAAGGUAAACGGCAUUUCCGUGCGCUGCUCUGGUUUGCCAGAAGCGGCUUAGUCAUGCUGGCCACAUGACCCGGAAGCUGUACACCGGCUCCCUCGGCCAAUAAAGCGAGAUGAGCGCCACAACUCCAGAGUCAGCCAUGACUGGACCUAAUGAUCAGGGGUCCCUUUACCUUUACCUAGCAGUCUUGCUGCUUCCAGGCUUCCACUUCCAGUUCUGAGAUGCAUGCAGGAGUGCCCCUGGCCUCUGUCUGCAGGAUUCUUGUCUUCCUGGAGGGAGAAUGUAAAGAUGCGUAAUUUCUCCCUCUCUCUAUUUAUCUACUUGCACUUUGACAUGCUUUCAAACUGCUAGGUUGGCAGGAGCAGGGAGCGAGCAACGGGAGCUCACCCCGUCGCGGGGAUUCGAACCACCGACCUUCUGAUCGGCAAGUCCUAGGCUCUGUGGUUUAACCCACAGCGCCACCCACAUUCCAAAUCUUGGCAUAUCUGCUGCUAAAAGAUUCAAAUGGUCCCCCCUACUGAACGCAGCCCUGACUCACCUUCUUCAAACAGCUGAGCUAAAGGACAUCCAUACUGCGAUUAUAUCAGCUAACUCUGCUGCUGAGGCCAUGAAACUAUUCAAGACACUCACAGAAAGGCUGAAACUACACUUAACAACUGUGAUCCAAAAUACUGCCACAAAAAGGUUAACGGAAUUUGCCACCUGGUUUGACUCUUGAGUGCAAACAGGCAAAGGGACACCAGCAGAGAGCUUACUGUAAAUAUAGGACCUCCAGGUCACCUCUCUUAUUUACUGCAUACGUUUCUCUUCAUUUACGUUAUGUGCAGAUCAGGCCAGUGUUUAGCAUAAACCAAGCCAGGCCAUCUUAAAAGUGUUUCUUACUGCUUCAGGGUGCCUGAGGCCUGCCUUUACCAACUGUGAUAUAAUAUAUGCUGGUCCUUAAUGUUCCACGAAAGAGUGCAGCUGUCACCACCCUUUUCACUCUGCUUGCUUUUCUAGAGGUUGUCGCUACGCAAAGCUGAAGAUAGCAAAGGCAAGCAGAAGAAAGAUGGCGAUAACGUAAGAGAGAGGAUCAUCAGGCGAGCGGCCCUUGAAUUCGAGGAUGGCAUGUACGGUAUCCUUUGGCUGUGUGGAAUGCAGUCGCUUUUUAAAAAAUUAUUUUCAAGGCGCAUUUGAAUUCAAUAAAUUUGUGUACAGAAUAAAGAACUCGGAUCCGUUUAACCUUGACCGAACCGUUUAAGCUAACCUGGGUAUUGGAAUCCCACUGCUUGCCAGCAACUUCAUCAGUCCAGAAAUAACUGUUCAUCUACAGAGUGAAAAUGGAGUCCUUGGCUUGGUAAGAAUGGGACACAGGCAAUGGGAAUCAAUAGACAACACAACACAACCAUUUGACUGGAAAGUUAAUGCAAGUGUUUGUUUUGUGUUUUAACUUAGGGACCUUACCCAUCUGAAAGCGAAGUUGACCCUGACCUCAUCAAUGCAGGUUAAACCCGAUUUUUGUCUUCCUUUCACUUAUUUAUACUGCCCUUCCUUCAAGAAGUUAAUGGGGAGGUGGGAGAGAAACAGAACCGUGGGCAGCUUCAGGUAGAGCCAGGCGGAAUUCAAGUUUGAUACAGGCAUUCAAGAGCAACAGUCUCCUUUCUCAACCUUGGGUUCCCCAGAUGUCGUUGGACCACCACUCCCGUCAUUCCUGACCGCUGCCCCUAUUGACUAUGGAUGAUGGGACUUGUAGUCCAACAAUAUCUGGGAACUCGAAGUUGAGAAAGGCUGGCCUGGGAUAUUGCUCCAGCAAAGGUCUGGAGCCAACUGAGGGUUUAAGCAAGUCUGCAGGUAGGUUAGAGUUUCUUGCUCAAGCCUUUCUGGGAAAGCUAUCAGUCUCUCAAAGGGGCUGCACUCAGUUCUUCAGGUAUGAACUAGCAUGGUAGAACAACGGGUGGUGGUGAUCUCCUUUAGAAGCAGAGCCAUCAGAGGAGGAGGCCAGAUGUUCUCAGACAGGAGAACUGGGGGCAGUGGUGUUUUCUGGAAUUCCCCUACACCAAGGUCUCUGAUUGAGUGGAGUCUCUGAGGGCGAUCCCCAUGCCCAUCUUUCUUGGAUUCUCUAAAUCCUGGGUCAUGUCAUGUACAGUGUUCUCCUUUAUCUUCUCAACAACCCCCAGAGGUAGGUAGAAUGAGUGCCCAAUGGUCAUUCAGCAAGCUUGAUUUCCUGAUACAAUUCAAAUAUAGUCGUAACUUGGAAGUCAAAUGGAAUCUUUUCUGGAAGUCCGUUCGACUCCCAAAAUGUUUGGAAACCAAAGCGGAGCUUCUGAUUGGCUGCAGGAAGUUCCUGCAGCCAAUCGGAAGCCGUGCUGGUCGUUCGGCUUCCGAAAAUCAUUUGAAAACCGGAACACUCGCUUCCGGGUUUCAAUCGUUUGGGAGCUGAUUUGUUUGGGAGCCAAGGCAUUUGAGAUCCAAGGUACGACUGUGCAGCAUUUGAAUGUCUCUGGCAUGCUGGCUCUUAAGUAAGCUUUAAUUACUCUGCAACCUUUAUAUAAAUAUAUUUAAAAGGUUGCAGAGAAAUUAAAGCUUACUUAAGAGCCAGCAUGCCAGAGACAUUCAUAUAUACAUAUUUAAAAAUCUGUGUCUAAAGGAAUGCCACAAAAUUUUAUCAGAGUCACUGGCAAGGAUCUUUGUUCGCAAGCAUUCUCCCUUGGAAGAGUCUACUUGAAGUUUGGAGGGACUCUUGUCAUUUGUGUUUUAUUGCUUUUGUCUUUCUGUUUUCCUCACCCCCCCCCCCCUGAAUUAAUAGUACAGUCGUACCUCAUGUUACGUUUGCAUUGGGUUGUGCGUUUUCAGGUUGCGUCCUGCGGCGACCCGGAAGUACCGGAAAGGGUUGCUUCGGGGUUUUGCUGCUUGUGCAUGCGCAGGCGUGCAAAAUGAGUCAUGCGCAUGUGCAGAAGCGGCGAAUCGCAGCACGCGCAGACAUGGGUUGCAUUCUGCUCAUGUUGCGAAUGGGCCUCUGGAACGGAUCCCGUUCGCAACCAGAGGUACCACUGUAGAAGCUUUGUGAAGCCCUGUUGUGUGACACAGACAGCAUCGAUUCCCAGCACCACCCUGGGAUUUUGCCUGUUGGCCAUAGCAAACUUAACACCAAGUUUCUUCUACAGGCAAAGAGACGGUCACCGUGCUUCCAGGGGCUUCCUACUUCUCUAGCGAUGAAUCUUUUGCAAUGAUCCGAGGGUAUGUAAUGAAAAAACCUAAUUUUCUAAAUGUCAAGAGCACAGGCCCAGCUGGUGCCUGAACUUAUUAGUAACCCACACCAAAGUGACUAUCCGUCAGUCUUCUGCGAAACAGCAAAAUAAUUAGUAGCUGGGUGUUGGAACUCAAUAGAUUUAGCAGCUGGGUAUCGAACUCAAAAUAGUCAACUCGGCUGGUGCUGUCAGUUGUCAGGCCAACACUUUUUUUGUACUAAUCUUUUGUGUUGUAUGAACAGAGUAUUAAGGGUGAUUUUGUGGUACAGGCUGUGCAGUGAUGUUUUGUUUUUACCGUUACCGCCUUGAUGUGUUGUUUAGCAAAUGACGAAUGGUACCAAGUUUGACAUGUAGAUAAUUAUCCCAGGCCACUGAGUUCAGUGGGACAUAAUCCCAGGUAAUGACACUACCCUUAUAUCUGCCUUAGAAUUCAAUGGAUCUUACUCCUCGGUAAGUGGGUAUAAGAUGGCAGCCUCAACGUGCAUGGGAUUUUAGUCUCGCAGCUAUCCAGCGGCGCUUGAUUUUUAAGCUAUUUUUCUGCCCUUGCUUUUAUAGAGAGGUACUGUUGGGAUGCGGGUGGUGCUGUGGGUUAAACCACAGAGCCUAGGACUUGCUGAUCAGAAGGUCGGCGGUUCGAAUCCCUGCGACGGGGUGAUCUCCCGUUGCUCGGUUCCUGCUCCUGCCAACCUAGCAGUUCGAAAGCACGUCCCAGUACAAGUAGAUAAAUAGGUACCGCUCCGGCGGGAAGGUAACCGGCGUUUCCGUGCGCUGCUCUGGUUCGCCAGAAGCGGCUUAGUCAUGCUGGCCACAUGACCCGGAAGCUGUACGCCGGCUCCCUUGGCCAGUAAAGCAAGAUGAGUGCCGCAACCCCAGAGUCGGCCACGACUGGACCUAAUGGUCAGGGGUCCCUUUACCUUUUUACUGUUCAGGAAUGGUUAGAGGGCUUGUAGAUGGAACGAACAAAAACUGUGCCAGAAUUUCUGAUGCCAAAAGCAUGCUCGUUUCUUUCUUUGUUCCUUUUAUCAGGGGACAUGUUAAUCUGACAAUGCUUGGAGCGAUGCAGGUGUCUAAAUAUGGUGAUCUAGCCAACUGGAUGAUUCCUGUAAGUAGAUGGAGAAGCGUCCUUAUUAUAUAUUUGCAUCAUGCAUUUUAUUCGAAGUGAUUAGAAGCGUCUUUUCAUUUCACUGAAAUGAUGUGUUCUCAACAAUAGUAAAAAUGACUCCUUUUGGAUGCAUGCAAUGAUCCCAAUGCUUUGUUUUUGUUCUGUAAUUGAAGAACAACUUCUUCCUUUUUUUACAUAUAAAAAAAUCCAGCAUCGGUUCAUAAGUUCUCGGAAGAGCAGGGUGGGUGCUCACGACUCCUUCUAACAAAACAUGUUAUUGUGUAAUCAAAGUAGAGAACGGGCUAGUAACCUUCACCUACCAAUUGAGCAUCGGAAGCUGUCUUAUAACUGGCCCAUUUAGCUCAGUAUUGUCUAAAAUGACUGGUAGUUCUUCCUGAUUUCAGAUGGCCUUACCUGGAGGAGCUGGGGAUCAAACUUGAGACCCUUUGCAUGCAAGGCAGAUGCUUCACCAUUGAGCCACAGCCCUUCCCUAAACAUCUUUGGUUCUCCACUUUGUAAUCUAGUCAUUCCUAGGCAUGUUGGCUUUUUCAACAAGGAAUCCAGCUGUCCAUAGAGAAAUUGGCAAAAGCCUAAAAUGUAGGUGACAGAAUGAAUUAAAUCGAUUUCCAGAAGUAAACACCAUCAUGUAGUCACCAUCAUCGUCAUCACCAUAAUAUGGGCUGUUUAAAAAACUGGUUUUUUUUCUUAUUGCAAGGAUUUCCUUUUCUUAGUGUGUAUGACUGUAGUUCAGAGUCUAUUCACCUCCCACUGAGAACUUGCAUCUUGUGAUAUUUCACUCUCAGCAGUUCAGCCUUUUCAUGCAGCCUCGCCUGACACCAAUUUAGGGAUCCUGGAAAAAAUAGUCUGGUUCACUCUUGAGGCUUGACCAACGAAAGAUGAAUCUAACAUAAUAUUUAGGCCCUCUUUGCUUCGCUUGGAAUCUGAAAGAGCAAUGGCUUCUUAAGAGUUAACCUGUCCUUUGAAUGUACUCAGAUAUUUGUUGGGAGUCCAGCUCCUAUCAGCCACAGCAAGCAUGGCCAGUGGUCAGAGAUGAUUAGAUUUGGAGUCCAGCAAGAUCUGAAUGGGCACAAUUUCCUCCUGCUAUAAACCUGCUGUUAGUGUUUUGAGAUCCUCACUAUAGUCUAGUUUCUUAAAAGAAAGUCUGCCUUGGGCUGGAGUCCUACACACAAUUGCACAACGUCUGGGAGUAUGUCCCAUUGAACUUAAUGAUGCUUACUUCUGGCUAAGCAUGUAGGUAUGAAUGAAAUUAUUCUUUUCAUACUCUACUAAGUUCCAUGUGAACAGUGGGGCUAUUAUUUUUGAAAGAAGGGGGGGGACCCCAGCCUACCCCUAUACCCUCACCCCCCAGAUUUGAAAGACCAAACCAUUUUGCAACACAGCAGCACCAGGGGUUUCCAUUUGAAAGAGAAUAGUCAAAACUCUGCUUCCCUAUAAUUGAGCCCAUUCGUGCAUCUGAAAGAGCUCUCUUUUCAGACGGGAUACACCUUCAUUUGAAAUAGAAGGAAAAUAAUACGUUCUGACAUAAAACAUGCAGAAGUCAUCAUUUUUACGAUUUGCAGGAGGUGUUGCCAACCCUGUAGUAUGUCCAUUUUGAAAAGACUUGACGUUCACUAGCAAUUUUUCCUUAAUAGUAUUUGAAGCACUAAUUACUGUGGAUUAUUAUUUUUUUCGUUUUAGCUGGUUCUAUCUUGUAAAAAAACAAACACAAAGCACAAUUUUAAACUGGUUCUUUUGUGAUGAGUUAUCUGGAACGGCUGCAUCAAGAAGUACAUUUUGCGAUGAAUUAUGUUGCUCUUCUGGGUGGAACACCCCCCUCCCCCCCGACAGAAACGUUGAAUAUGAGGCUGUAGUUUCUUUGACUAAUGAUGCUUUUAUAUUGGUAAAAUAGCCCUGAGCCAUUGAAGAUCACACUUUAAGAGCAAUGGGGUAGGAGUUGGAGGAGAGAUUAAAAGUGAUGGAUGAGGUCUCCUAGGGAUUUAUUAAUAUUAAUACCAUAAAUACUGGUGGUGCUGCUCUGAUGCAACAGCAAAUAAACCACUGAACCAGUGACAGAUGCCCUGAGGCUAACUGUUGAUGAAUCCUGAAGAAUAAAUUUGGGGAAAGUUCUGCAGUCGGCAUGCAAACGCUUCGAAACUUUCUGCCAACUUUUACCAGCUCUCCUUGUAUUCAGAAAGGGGUUCUUGAGAAAGGCCUGCUCCUGGCAGCUGCUUCUCCUGGGCAAAACCAUAUUACUGAAGAUGCCUUAUGACGAGGCUACCUACCAUGGCGGCAGGCACCCCAAGGAACCAGGCAGAGCCCUUUCUAGCCUCCUUGAAUGCUUCUUUGUAGUGCUUAUUGGCAAAGGGCCUUAAAGUUGCUUUCCUGCUUAUCUCCACAGCAACCCCAUGGGGCAGUAAAUAUUGCAGGGUGGGGGGGAAGUCACCUCAUCGUGACCCUUCCGCUUCAGAAAUGGUAGACUAACUUAAAAUGACAAAGCUAGACAGCAUCUUAAAAAGCAGAGACAUCACCUUGCCAACAAAGGUCCGUAUAGUUAAAGCUAUGGUUUUUCCAGUAGUGAUGUAUGGAAGUGAGAGCUGGACCAUAAAGAAGGCUGAUCGCCGAAGAAUUGAUGCUUUUGAAUUAUGGUGCUGGAGGAGACUCUUGAGAGUCCCAUGGACUGCAAGAAGAUCAAACCUCUCCAUUCUUAAGGAAAUCAGCCCUGAGUGCUCAUUGGAAGGACAGAUCCUGAAGCUGAGGCUCCAGUACUUUGGCCUCCUCAUGAGAAGAGAAGACUCCCUGGAAAAGACCCUGAUGUUGGGAAAGAUGGAGGGCACAAGGAGAAGGGGAUGACAGAGGACGAGAUGGUUGGACAGUGUUCUCGAGGCUACCAGCAUGAGUUUGACCAAACUGCGGGAGGCAGUGAAAGAAAGGAGUGCCUGGUGUGCUCUGGUCCAUGGGGUCACGAAGAGUCGGACACAACUAAAUGACUAAACAACAACAAAACUUACAUCCCAUGUACCUAGAAAUAGGGUUACAUUAUACAUGGUAUUUUUCAGGCGUUGAGAGCCUCCCAUUUGUGUGGGGUGGGUACAAUGAUGGAAGUCGUAUUCCAAUACCACCUAGAAUCAUAGAAUAGAAUCAUAGAAUCAUAGAGUUGGAAGAGACCACAAGGGCCAUCGAGUCCAACCCCCUGCCAAGCAGGAAACGCCAUCAGAGCACUCCUGACAUAUGGUUGUCAAGCCUCUGCUUAAAGACCUCCAAAGAAGGAGACUCCACCACACUCCUUGGCAGCAAAUUCCACUGUCAAACAGCUCUUACUGUCAGGAAGUUCUUCCUAAUGUUUAGGUGGAAUCUUCUUUCUUGUAGUUUGGAUCCAUUGCUCCGUGUCCGCUUCUCUGGAGCAGCAGAAAACAACCUUUCUCCCUCCUCUAUGUGACAUCCUUUUAUAUAUUUGAACAUGGCUAUCAUAUCACCCCUUAACCUCCUCAUCUCCAGGCUAAACAUGCCCAGCUCCCUUAGCCGUUCCUCAUAAGGCAUCGUUUCCAGGCCUUUGACCAUUUUGGUUGCCCUCCUCUGGACACGUUCCAGUUUGUCAGUGUCCUUCUUGAACUGUGGUGCCCAGAACUGGACACAGUACUCCAGGUGAGGUCUGACCAGAGCAGAAUACAGUGGCACUAUUACUUCCCUUGAUCUAGAUGCUAUACUCCUAUUGAUGCAGCAAUAGGACCUGAAAGACACCACAUUGGCUACCGUAAACAGAGAGGAAGAGGGUAUCAGGAACUCUUUUAAAGAUUACUUAUCUUAAGAGUUAUCAGAGUCAGAAGAAAGAAUGCAUGGUGCUGCUUACCAGAAGACACAGAUGUGGUCUAAAAUGUCGCACCUUUACAGGGUGUGUAUUUGCAUUUGGUUUUCCAUAGAUGCCACAAGACAAGCAAAGUCAGAUACAUUAAUGAAUGCAUCAAUUUAUUACAGUGGUACCUCAGGUUAAGAACUUAAUUCGUUCGGGAGGUCCGUUCUUAACCCGAAGUACCACUUUAGCUAAUGGGGCCUCCCGCCGCCGCCUCAUGAUUUCUGUUCUCAUCCUGAAGCAAAGUUCUUAACCCGAGGUACUAUUUCUGGGUUAGCGGAGUCUGUAACCUGAAGCGUCUGUAACCUGAAGCAUGUGUAACCCGAGGUACCACUGUAUCUUUAGAGGUCAGUGUAAGCCAAGACCCUAAAUAGGGGGUAGGAGAGCUGAAAAGAAUUUCACAUUUGCCAACCAAUGUGCCCCUUUGGUUUCAGAUAGUGCAUAGGAAGAAGAGUCUAAAAAGCCCAGGACACAAAUUUCCACAGCCCUCUAGCAGCUAUGGUGGCUCAUUUACCGGAAGUGAUGUAUUUAGAUUUAACUCUGGAAGUGUAUACCCAAUUCUGACCAAACCAGGCCUCCUAUGUCUAUUUUGCUCUAGGAGGCUUAGUUUGGUCAGAAUCUAGUAUACACUUCCAGAUCUAACGCUAAAUACAUUGCUUCUGGUAAAUGGGCCAGCAGAGGGCCGCGAAAAUUUGUGUCCCAGGCUUGUUAGACUUGUCUCCCCAUGUACUAUCUGAAGCCCAAGGGGCGCACGGUUUGCCAGACGUGAAAUAUAUUGGCAUUAUUUUCAGCUCUCCUACUGGACUAUGAAGCUUUAAGGAGGAAUUAAUUUCCCAAAUUGGCAUGAAAGAAAGAGCAAUUCCGCAGUGGAACCAAUUACCUCAAAGGGAUGCGCCCUCUCGCUCUCUCUGUGUGUGUUUUGGAGGGGGGGGGGAGGCAUUACUGUUUUGUUUGCUAUUACGUUAUGCAUUUGUGUAGUUCUAUGCUGCAAACUGCCCUGUGAUCCUUGGAUGAAGAGCGGCGUAUACAUUUAAUAACUAGAAAAUAAAUAAAUGUUCUACACUCCGUAAUGGGGAGGUCUUCAAGCAGAGCCUGGCUCUGUUGGGGAUGUCCUAGGUCUCACGCUCCACCAACUGAGCUAUCACGGAAGGAUAAGCUGCAUGCAUCCAAAGGUGACCCCCCCUAUGGAUCAUUUGAGGUUUUCCCACUAAUCCAGCAGAUAAUUUCUUCUAAAGGAAGCCUUUUUAAGACCGGACUGUGGCUUGCCUCUUUGCCCAUGGGAACGUGGGUGGCAGAAAGGUCCAAGCGAGCCUGCCAUUUUCAUAGGCACAAUUUCGAGUCAGUUCUGGGGUCUGUGGUGUAUGUCAAGAGUGGCAAAUGGCAUGAACCUUAUAUGUUUGUCUCUGUAAAUAACUGUUGGUUCAAAAGCAGGAUUGCUCAGAUAGCACUGCGACAAAGGGAGGGAAGUGUCACAUUGUGGAUAUAGGAUACCGUAUUUUUCGCUCCGUAAGACGCACUUUUUCCCUCCUAAAAAGUAAGGGGAAAUGUGUGUGCGUCUUAUGGAGCGAAUGCAGGCGGGAGGCUCUGCUCAGCGCUCCCUUUAAAGAAUUUUUUUCCCUUGCAUUCCCCCUCUAAAAACUAGGUGCGUCUUAUGGUCAGGUGCGUCUUAUGGAGCGAAAAAUAUGGUAUAUGCCCAUCUUUUGGAAGCUUUGAGCAUGCAGGUGUUCAGAUUGGCGUUUGUAUAUCUUUCUGCAUUGCACUUGAAGGAUUUUUGAACCAGCUUUAUGCUUUUAUUCCUUGUACUGCUGGGGGGAUGUCAGCAUAGUAAUUUCCUUGCAUUUCUUGCUAAAGUUCAUUGGGCUCUUCUUUCCUCCUCUGCAUUCCUCCAGAUCUAAUCUAUCUGUCGGAGAUAGCAAUAUGAUGACAAUAGUUCUGUAAUUGUACCAUUCUGAGGCUGGUAGUCACUUGGGGGAAAAAUGACACAGCAAAUAUAUAUCAGGGCAAUUCAUCUUUGGUUCUUUCCAGUCAUGUACUUUUUUAUUGAGGAAAUGGGAAAACGAAGUACUCAAGCACAAGGGGAUAGCUUUUGUUUUUGUUUUUUUUAAAAAUAACUCCAGCUGCGGUAGCAGGAAGUGGAUAUUAAUAUUGUUUACAUUUUACACAAAGUACUUUACAUACAAUACAAAAAAUAUAUAUAUUUGAAACAUACUGACUUGGGGAAGAAGGAAAUUUUGUUCAAGGCGUCCUUAUGGUUUGUUUUUCAUGACUUUGAACGAUUUCUAAAACUGCAAAAAUAACAUAUUGCCGAACACUUGUUUGUGUGCUGCUAUUUUUAAAUCUUUGCAAUUUCUUCCACAGAAGGAGAGUAUGAGUAGAAACUAGCUUUAACACCUUACCCCAGUGGUUUUCAACCAGUGUGCCGUGGCACCCUGGGGUGCCUUGAAUGAUGGUCAGGGGUGCCGCGGGCAACACUGGCCUCUGUCCCUCUUUCCUUCCUUCUCUCCUUCCUCUGAUGCUCUCUUGCGUCUCUGCCUCCCAAAGGCUUGCACAGCUGUUUAUUGCAGCAGCUCUGGCUACAAGCUCCUCAGGCGAAUGGUGCCUCUGGGGCUGGCCAGGGGGUGCUUCCCAGGUCCCUGUGGGGCAGUGGGGCAGCUCAGAGACCAGGGGCUGCAGCUGCGGCUGCCCAGAGGACUUCCAAGGAGAGGGGAAAGGAGGCUGAAGGAACUCUCCACAAGGGAGGGUGUUUGAAGAAGGGUAAGAGGCUGGUAAGAGGGAUGACAGAGGAUGAGAUGGUUGGACAGUGUUCUCGAAGCUACCAGCAUGAGUCUGACCAAACUGCGGGAGGCAGUGGAAGACAGGAGUGCCUGGUGUGCUCUGGUCCAUGGGAUCACGAAGAGUCGGACACAACUAAACGACUAAACAACAGCAACAAACAAGAGGCUGCCAGCUCUGCAGGCAAGGGGUGACAUAACUGGGCUCCCAAGUGCUGCAGAAAGAAUGUAGUUGGUCAAGGGAGCCGUGGACUCAAAAAGGUUGAAAACCUCUGGCUUAUACAGUGCAGAGCCAGCUCUGGUUAGCUGCUGCCUCAGUUCUAAACAGGUUUAUUUGGGUGUGGACCUGUUGGUUGGGGAAGGGUCUUGGCUCAAUGGUAGUGCAUCUACUUGCAUGAACAAGGUUCAAUCCCUGGUAUGUCCAGGUAGGGCUGGGAGAGAUCCCUGCCGCAAACCUUGGAGAGCUGCUGCCAGGCAGGUUAGACAGUACUGAGCUUGAUGGACCAAUGCUGAUCCUGUCUCUGCAGAACUUUCACACAUUUUGGCCAAUCCAAAGGAUCAGCUGUUUAGAUACGUCAAGGCAGUCACACGAGGCUUUCGGCAGCAGCGCUUGCUUGGCGGUCUUCUGCUUCACAUAAAACAAAUGGGAAUUACCCUUCAAGUGAAUGUGUGGGAUUGUCACCUGCAUUUGGGAAAGCACCCAGUUCUUCCUCCUGAAGGAACCUGGGAAAUAAAGUGGAUUAAAUUAAAUUCGAGUUUGCCAUUUCGAAAUGACUGCAUUUCCCAAACAACAAUGCACGUUAAGUGGUUGCUAUCAGGUUUGCAACUAAAUUGAGCCUUUCAGUGGCCUAGCAAUAUAAUCCAAAACGUUUGGUCAUACAACCCAUGUGUGCUGAAGAAUUAUAGAUAUUUAGAGACAAGAUGCAGUUCCUUGUUUUGCCCAUCAAUCUUCUUUCCCCAUAAAUAAUAUGGGAACCCUCUCAAAAUGUAAUGCUUGUGAUAUGCAGACUUGGAGAGGUUAUGAAGAAUCAUUAUUCAAAGAGAAACUAAAGGGACCAUUGGCUUAAUUUUGCAUUUUGUCUGAUGCUUGUUUUCCAGAUUCUGUAGAUUAAAUGCAUCAAAGCAAAGAGUGUUGGUAUACUGAGCUGUGCUGUUGACACCUGUUCUUCUUUUUCUUUUUUGUGUGAAAUCUUGUGUUUUUAGGGUAAGAUGGUGAAAGGCAUGGGAGGUGCCAUGGACUUGGUGUCCAGCUCAAGAACUAAAGUGGUCGUCACUAUGGAGCACUCUGCAAAGGUAAUCUUUUUAUAAAUAUUCUCUUCUUGUGGAUUUCUCCUUAGACUGAAAACAUACCCUGGGUUCUGUCCAAUUCUGUGUGCACAGAGUUCCAGUCACACAAUGGGUCUUCUUCUUCUCCUCUUGUGCUUUCCUCCAACUUUCUGGAGCAGGUUUUCAGGGUGCACGGGUUGUGGGGAGGAGGAGAAAGUUUUGCUGCAUGAGUGGAAGAGCAGAUUUAAAAGCACGUGGCUACUAGCCAUGAUGGCUGUGCUCUGCCUCUGCAGUCAAAAGGGACACGGGUGGUGCUGUGGUCUAAACCACUGAGCCUCUUGGGCUUGCUGAUUGGAAGAUUGGCGGUUCAAAUCCCCAUGACGGGUUGAACUCCCGUUGCUCUGUCCCAACUCUGGCCAACCAAACAGUUAGAAAGCACACCAGUGCAAGUAGAUAGAUAGGUACCGCUGUGGCGGGAAGGUAAAUGGCAUUUCCGUGCACUCUGGCACUCGUCACGGUCCUCUGUGCGCCAGUAGCGGUUUAUUCAUGCUGGCCACAUGACCUGGAAAACUGUCUGUGGACAAACGCCGGCCGCCUUGGCCUGAAAGCAAGAUGAGUGCCGCAACCCCAUAGCCUUUGACUGGACUUAACCAUCCAGGGGUCCUUUACCUUUACCUUUUACAGUCAAGAGGCAGCAAUUGCUUCUGAAUACCAAUUGCUGGAAGCCACAGGAGGGGAGAGUGGCCUUGUGCUCUGGUCCUGCUUGCAGGCUCCCUAUAGGCAUCUGGCUGGCCAUUAUGAGAACAGGAUGCUGGUCUAGAUGGGCCAAUGGCCCGAUCCAACAGGCUCUUCUCGUGUUCUUCUGGCUCCCCGCAAAGAAUCAUGGGAACUGUAGUUUGUUAAGGGUGCUAGAAACCAUAGCUCUUUAAGUGGGAAACUACAGGUCCCAGGAUUCUCUUGGAGAGAUCACGUGCUUUAAACAUUUGUUGAACAAACUAAGACCACACUGAGAGCCAGUGUGGUGUAGUGGUUAAGAGUGGUGGACUCGUAAUCUGGUGAACCGGGUUCACUUCCCUGCUCCUCCACAUGCAGCUGCUGGGUGACUUUGGGCCAGUCACACUUCUCUGAAGUCUCUCAGCCUCACUCACCUCACAGAGUGUUUGUUGAGGGGGAGGAAGGGAAAGGAGAUUGUUAGCCGCUUUGAGACUCCUUAGGGUAGUGAUAAAGCGGGAUAUCAAAUCCAAACACCAGUGUGUGGUGUGGAUCUGCCAGAUUUCUGCCGUCCUAGUGAACAGCGGCAUUAAAUGUGGUCCAUUGUUUCUGCAUGAGGUUGUCCAUUACCUGCUUUCUUGCAGAUUCCUGUCUCUGUGUUUAACACUUUGCCAGGUGUGGGGGCCCUAUGACCCUCCAGAUGUUGCUGAACUAUAACUGACACCACCCCUGGCCAUUGACCAUGCUUGCUGGGAUUAAUGGGAGUUGUAGUUCAGCCACAUCUGGACAGGUAAAGUUCCCCACACCUUUGCUGUGCUGUUUCUAUCCUGGAAUAGAUGUCCUCUUUCUUCAUCUCACUAAUUCCCUUGUAUCUUAAAACAACAACAACACCACACAAGCUUGCCUUCCUGACCACAUUUCUGAAACCUUCUAAAGUCAUAAUAAUAAUAAUAAUAAUAUAAUUAUUUAUACCCCGCCCAUCUGGCUAGGUUUCCCAAUUUUGCUGCUGUUUUCACUUGCCACCAUAAGCAAUCCAAAUGCUUCUUUCCAGUCUCUGACCUCCUUAGCUACUGUUUGCAGCAGCCAUUCCUCCCUUCCCCCUCAGUGAGUUCCCUUGCAAUGGUGUUUACAUGGUGGUGUAAUGUCAAUCCAUGGGGGAAAAAUGUCAGAAAUAAAAUGGGCACUGGUAGGCUAUACGCUCUCUCGUCUACCCCACCCCCAAACCAAUCCCUGGAAAAUUACUAAAUAUUGUCCUGAAGGUGGGUGAGGAGAGAAGGGAGCCAUAUGUUGGGAUGGGCUUGAGUUAAAACCACCCCACCCCCCAAAAUAGAUAGACGUGAUUUAGAGUAUAGUAUGCUUCACAGUUGAGGGGUAUGUUGGUGUUUGUGCAAAUGGACCAAUGGGAAUACGCUGCAGAAUGGGACCGUGUAAUACACAUUUUUAGAAAUAAUAAUGCUUUGACCCUUGACCUUCAACCUUUGGGCUAAGCAUGAGUCUUCCCUUAUUAAUUGCUUGUGGGGAGAUUUGAUAGGACGAUGUUACAAAGGCUAGGCGUUGGCCAAUAUCUUUGUUCUUCUAUUCCCAUUCUAGCAGGUUUUUUUUCUGUAGAUGCGGCUUCAGAAAGGUUUUAACCAGUGACAGUAAGAUCAUAUUUAACUGCAGUUAAGCAAGAUCAUAUUUAACUGCAGCAUUCUGCAAUGCUUGGGGUCACAGCGGCUGCCUGGAAAGCAGUCUUCUUUCCUCAAGCCUGAGCAUUUCAAUCUCCCCGGGAUGCUUAGAAGGAGAUAUUGCAUGACCUUAAAGGUAUACCUGAUGGGUUGAUGAACACUUUUCUAUAAAAAUAGCACAGAUGAAUUGUUCCUUUCCCGGGAACAGAACUUGGAAGGUCCUUGAAUUAAGCAUUGUCAUUUCCCCUUAAAUACCUGUCAGUUUCACUCAGGGGGGGCUAGCUGCCUUGAAUGCAGAAACAGAUGUUAACUGGUAGGAAUUGGAGUGAAGCAAUUGUUCCCUGACAUAAAGUGGGGAGGGGGGAGAAUAAAUUAAAAACCCAUUUUGGUAGACAGAGUCGACACCACUGUAAAAUUCGUAAAAUCAUCACAGUUUAAAGGGACAAUGCUAGACUACCCAAAAGAGCAGUUUUAUUUUAUUUUUUUUCAAUUGGGGCAACCUGCAAGGAGUUGGAGAGAGGGCUUGAUUUUGCAAAAAAACAUUAAAGGCCACAGUUUUUUUGUUUUUUUAUGUGCCAAUCAUAAGAGAACAACAAGGCAAGAGUAGGAAAGAUUUUAAGAUAAUCCCAGAUGCCCCUGUCCUUUACAGCGUUGCCUGUCCCUGCAUAUAAAGGAGGACAUACCAUUGCAACAGUAUAUUGGGAUAAUUUUUAAGAUUGUUGUCACAAAAUAUGAGCAGAGAAUAGUUAUGUCGUUCUAGGCAAUGCUACAAAGAAACUUCAAUAUUCCUGGGGCACAAUUUCCGGGCACAAUUCAAAGUGUUGGUGCUGACCUUUAAAGCCCUAAAUGGCCUCGGUCCAGUAUAUCUGAAGGAGCGUCUCCACCCCCAUCAUUCUACCCGGACACUGAGGUCCAGCACCGAGGGCCUUCUGGCGGUUUCCUCACUGCGAGAAGCCAAGUUACAGGGAACCAGGCAGAGGGCCUUCUUGGUAGUGGCACCCGCCCUGUGGAACGCCCUCCCACCAGAUGUCAACGAGAACAACAACUACCAGACUUUUAGAAGACACCUGAAGGCAGCCCUGUUUAGGGAAGCUUUUAAUGUUUGAUGUUUACAGUAUUUUAAUAUAUUAUUUUGGAAGCCCAGCCAGGGCGGGGUAUAAAUAAUAAAUUAUUAUUAUUAUUAUUAUUAUUAUUAUUAUUAUUAUUAUUAUUACUGGGGGAAAUGCAAUUUUUACUCCUAAAGUGAAGCGGCAUUAACAGAGUUAUUUUAGAAAUAUACUGAUAGUAUUAGAACCUGCUUCUGUGUGGUAAAUCCCAGAAUGCAUCAAGAAUUUCUGGCCAGGCAGCCAGCAUGAUUCCUUUUAACACCAAUGUUGCUGUCUGCUCGCUCCCCUGAGAAGGGACAUCACAAGCAUGGAAAGGAACUACCGUAUUUUUCGCCCUAUAGGACGCACUUUUUCCCCUCCAAAAAUGAAGGGGAAAUCUGGGUGCGUCCUAUGGGGCGAAUGCAGGCUUUCGCUGAAGCUUGGAGAGUGAGAGGGGUCGGGGCGCACCGACCCCGCUCGCUCUCCAGGCUUCAGGAAGACAUCCGCAGCCUAGGCAGCCCUGCGGGAGUUCCGGCAGGGCUGUCUAGGCUGCGGAUAGCAGCUUGCUUCCCGGAGCGCCGGGUGCGCUGAAAGCGGAGCGCCCGGCGCUUCGGGAACACAUCCGCAGCCUAGGCAGCCCUGCAGGAGUUCCUGCAGGACUGUCUAGGCUGUGGAUAGCAGCCUGCUGCCUGGCGGGCGGGGCGCGCUGAAGCAGAGUGCCCCGUGCGCCAGGCAGACAUCAGCCAGCCCCUCAAGCUCGGGGGACAGCAGGGAGGCACAGCGCCGCCAUCCCGCUGUUCCUCGACCUGGUUCGGUUUCCCCGACCUGGUUUUGGGGGGGAAAUAAAGGAAAAAAACUUUUUGCUUUAUUUCCCCCCCCAAAUACUCGGUGCGUCCUAUGGGACGAAAAAUACGGUAUGUGGUCUAGCUGUGAUUUUUGCAUUGCUGGGGGUUGGACUAGAUGACCCUCUGGGUCUCUUCCAACUCUGUAAUUCUUUGAUUCAGUGAUCUGCCGAACCCAUGUGGUUCCUAUGUCUGUGUUUCAUGGUGUCCUGGAAGUGAGCAGGAACAGGGAGUGCAGAAGUCAUUAUCGUAUGGCUAUUUUUAUCUAUAAAAUUUGCACCCCGCCCUUCAUCCCUAGAUCUCAGGGCAGUUCACAGCAUAAAAAUACAAGACUAAAACACAAAAUGCAUACGGAAAAUAAGAACAAAAGCAAAACAAACCAAUAACUCCCACCCGCCACCCCCUUCCACAAACACAUUUGAAAGGAUAUAGGAUGUUAGUUUGCCAAAGGUCUGGUUGAAGAGGAACAUUUUCCCCUGGCACUUAAAAAAUGUAUAAUGAAGGCUCCAGGUGAACUUUUAGGCACAUGAUUCACUUGAGUGUAUGCCAGUCCUGUUGUGUAUGCCUUGUUGAGUAAGUCAUCGUUACCCAUGUCACUAAGGACCCCGGAAUAUUUCAGCAAUGAAUUCGUGAGUCUUCCACAACAGGUCCAAACACAGUGGAAGCUUCUGAGUUGGAGGUAGCAUAUAUUUGUCUCAGUCUGAAAUUACUGACUGCAAGUCCUUUUGAAUUUCAAGCAACUGGUUUUCUCCGACAAGCUGAUCAUUCAUUUGUAUGUGUGUGUGUGUGUGUUCACUGUAGGGCAAUGCCCACAAGAUUUUGGAGAAUUGCACUUUGCCAAUUACGGGAAAACAGUGUGUGAACCGCAUCAUAACAGAAAAGGUAGGUUAUCUUACGUUCGUUGCAUUUCUGAUCCAUCUUUUUUGCUGAGCGGCUUGGGAGGGGCAUUUUUAUCUUCUCGAUAAUCUUGUAAUGAGGGUUUGAGUUGCCCAUGACUAACUCUUGAAUUUUAAUAUCCCGGCUCCCUUGAUGAGAAGGGAUGUUGCAAACCUGUCCCAGGAAGAAGAUGCAGAUGUCUCUCACACACUAUCAGCUCUUGUAACCGUGCAGCAGUCAAGCCAUAUUUUCCAAAUACUGCAGUUUGCAUAGCAAUCUUAAGUCCUUACUUCAUUUUAUUUAAGGCAUUUAUAACCCCAUCCAGCCAAAAGUGCUCCUGAAAAUCAGUGCUAAAGUGGAGGGAAUUGGUAUUUAUCAACUCGAAGCACUGGCUUCAUUCAGCUAGUAAGGCUCCCUUCCUUUCCUUUUCUUAGACCGAAACAAUUUGCAUUUCUUUCCGAACCUGCAGGCUGUGUUUGAUGUCGACAAGAAAAAGGGACUGACACUGAUUGAAAUCUGGGAAGGGCUGUCUGUGGAUGACAUCAAGAAAAGCACUGGUGCUGAGUUCACAGUAAGUCAUUGUCUGGCUAACAUUGCAGUUGUGUUUCUUGGCUCCGAGGGAGCUUGGUAAGGAAGCAAAGAUCAGCCCAAAUGAAAGUUUAUUUACAUGGCUUGUCCAUGCUGCAGGUGCAAAAGACUGCUGAAGGCGUUUGUUCUGGAGAGGUUUCUGGUGUUUUUGGAGAGGGAAGUAUGAAAAAAGAUUCAAACACACACACCAGGUUCCAUUUGUUUGGUAGGAUUUUGUUUCUUAGAUAACAACAACAACAACAACAAUAAUAAUAUUUUUUAUUCAUACCCCACCCUCCCCAGCCAAGGCUGGGCUCAGGGCGGCUAACAAGCAGUAAUAAAAACAAGUUGAAUGAAUACAACUUAAAAACAAGAUUAAAAUAUAACAAUUAAAAUAUUGAAACAUUAAAAUAUUAAAAUGCAGCCUCAUCACAGGAGGAGAAAGGAAAAAGAAAAAAGAAAGAGGGGGAGGGAAUCAAAUUGGCUCCAAGCCAAAGGCCAGGAGGAACAACUCUGUCUUACAGGCCCUGCGGAAAGAAAUCAGACCCUGCGGGGCCCUGGUCUCAUGAGGCAGAGCGUUCCUCCAGGCCGGAGCCAGUGUUGAAAAGGCCCUGGCUCUGGUUGAAGCUAAUCUAACUUCCUUAGGGCCCGGGACUACUGGGGUGUUGCUAUUUAUGAACCUUGAGGCUCUCCGUGGGGCGUAACGGGAGAGGCGGUUCCAUAGGUCCCGUAGAUCUGAACAGAGAAUUGAAAGUGGGUGGAGCAGUGAGUGUAAUUUUUACCUUUCUUAGUUUUUUCACACACAUAUCCCAACUGAUUCUUGCAUGAGUGGAUGGAAUUUGAGGACACGUUCCAUCCAGCCAAAAACACCCAGGAUGCAAAAUCAGUUCCAGUGAGGACUGUGGCCUGGGGAAAGUUCAGAGUGGAUACCACAUUUAGCUCCUGAACUACAUUUACUUUCCUACUCCUGCUGUACAUUGAAUGGAGGAGACGCCAUCUUCUGUUUUGCUUCAGGCCUGCUCUGUGUGUAUCUGUAUUCACGCAUAGAUUGAAAGUGGAAUGAAGUGAAUAUCUUGCUUUAAGCUGGGAGCGUUCGGUUCCCAACCAGCAAUUUGCUCACUUCAGGGACUGCUACAAAGAGAGAAGCCUCAGGGAAGUCCUGGAAACUUAGCUUACUGCUAGAACCCUGUGAAACUUAAUUUAUAUGUCUUGUUUGAAGCAGGGCCUGUACAUUUUGCACCAAAAUGGCUCCCCUCAAAAGAAGAGAAACCACGCAGCAGCGUUGUGGCUUCUUUGGAAGGCUGUGACUGAACUUUCUGAUUUUCACAGCUUUAUUAGAAAGAGCAUUCUCUAGGCAGCAUGCACAGCAGCCUCAUAACAAGGGAGGAGUGAUUUACAGCCUCCUGUCUUUUUUAUGAAGCUGAUAUUAUAAGCAGUCCGCUCGGGAUUUUGUUGGGCCCCAAAGACAAAACUUUGACUUUCCCUGUGCCCUUAAAUCAGAUCUGCUACAGCUUGGCUUCAAGACAGAUUGUCCCACCAGGAUGAUUUUCAUUUGUACGUGUCAAAUUUAUCAUCUGAAUUACAACGCCACCAUGGGGGAAAAAAUCAACCAGAAUGGAAAGCUGUACCUGGAUAAAUCGGAUAUAUUUUGUUUGUUUUUAAAGCAAGCAAGUCCACAGACAGCAAGAUUCAACUGCUUUAUCUUCCUGUGAAAGCUUGGUUCUCUGUCAGGGGACACAAAAAACCAUUAAGGCUGCAGGCCUAUACUCACUUCGUGGGAGCAGUCCCCAUUAACCUCAGUGGGGCUUACUCCCGAGUAGGUGUAUAGGACUGCACUGCAAGGCCAAAUACACUGGCCUCCAGAACAUAGAUGGAAAAGUUUGGUGUGUGCAGUAGAAUCCUUAGUUCCUCCAGCUGUUCUCUUUCUCAUGUAAUCAUCACAUUCUUCUUUGCAAUUGCUAGCAUCGAUCAUCUGUCAUUAGCGCACCUGUGGCUCAUAGAUCAGCCAUAGUAGGAGACAGAAAAGAUGAUUAUUUCAGAGAGUUGGAAAUGGCAUUUGACAUGGCCACAUCGAUGGGGCAAAAUGGCAAAUGGAAACUGAAUCUGUAAAAAAAAGAAAAGUCUUUCUCACCCCUGGUACAAAUCAAAACGGGCAGGAUGGAACCUAGGAAGAUUCCUUAUACCGAGUCAGAAAAAUGGUCUAACUAGCACAUGGGUGGCACUGUGGUCUAGACCACUGAGCCUCUUGGACUUGCCGAUCAGAAGGUCGGUGGUUCAAAUCUUCGCGAUGGAGUGAGUUCCUAUUUCUCUGUCCCAGCUCCUGCCAACCUAGCAGUUUGAAAGCACGCCAGUGCAAGUAGAUAAAUAGGUACCGCUGCAGCGGGAAGAUAAACGGUGUUUCCAUGCGCUCUGGCUUUCCUCACGGUGUUCCUUUGUGCCAGAAGUGGUUUAGUCAUGCUGGCCACGUGACUCGGAAAGCUGUCUGUGGACAAAUGCUGGCUCCCUCGGCCUGAAAGCGAGAUGAGUGCCGCACCUCAUAGUCACCUUUGACUGGACUUAACCAUCCAAGGGUCCUUUACCUUUUUUACACUGGCUGGCAACAGCUUUCCUGGAUUUCAGGUGCAGAGUUCUCCCUCAGCUUGGAGACACCGGGGCUUGAACCUGUGAUCUUCUGUGUGUAUGUUUUCUGUUGACAUAGGAUGUCAUGUUGUCCAAUUCUGAGCUCACUGUGAGACCACAAAGUGCGCAUGGAUUUCUCCUGUAAAUCAUUACAUGAGUAUUCUGGUAGACAUAAGUGAUGUAUGGUAUUAAUCAGGAGACAGGGAACCAUCUCAGUCCAGAUCUUGAUAGCCUUCAGCUUCCAUCAGCUUCACCCAGCAUGGUCUCUCCUUGGUUUCUGCAUAGUCAUUGCUGAAGGACUUGGGAAGUUGUCCAGCAACAUCUGGAAAUAACAUAUUCACCAUUCCUUCCCUUAAUACUCUGAGAUCUCAUUGGGAACAGGGAUCAUGGCACUGUCAAAUUCAGCAUCUAUAUAAAUGGAUAAUUGCCAAGAAAAUCCAGCAUGGUCACAUUUUGAUUUCGAAAGAAGAAACUUCCAAAAAGGAGGGGAAUGAUUAAAAAGGAAGCUGAAAAGCAAAAUGGAGAGGGUCAUGUCUCUCCAAAAUACAUUCUAGAUGCUCAGCUAGAAGGUAUACAGGAUAUGGUACCAAGGCUGCAUUAUUUGUCUCUUGAUUUUUCUUUUCUUUCAUCACUAGGUUUCGCCAAAGCUCUCGCCAAUGAAGCAGAUUUCGACUUGA